AUGAAUAUCAAACAGGUGUUUGCAUAAAUGGGUCUGACAUGUGUACAGAAUUUUAAACUAAAGUGAUUUGUGUAAAUAGUGUGAUUACUGCACUGAUCAAUGGCUUCUAGCUUUUUAAAGUUAUAGUCUGUUGGUGCUUGGUGGAUAUAUUACUACUGUAACAUUAUUGUGUUUGGUUUUAAGAAUCAUUACAUUGCAUUCAGCACACAUUGCUUGCACACUUGUACAGCCUUCCUACACACUUCCUGAAAAAUAACUCUAGCAGGGCUAUUUAAUAAAGUGAGUGUAACUAUUUGCUGUGAAUGGCCUCGAUAUGCAGGAGAUAGCAGAGAGUAAAAAAAAGUCUCUUAGUUCCUAAUGCAUCAAACAGGUAGGGAUAGCUAAAAGAAAGGUCAGGCAGGAGUGAGGCCAGUCCAGGUGGCAUAGGUUCAGAGUCAAACAGGCAGAGGGUCAAUACAUGGGUAAGCAAAAACUCUAGGCAAUAAGGACUUGUAAUACUUUGAGAGCUCAUAAGAUAUCUGAGCACUGAGCUUUGGGACAGAUAGGGUUUCAGUAGGAAGAGAUGGUGGGGGGAGUAAAACUCCCAUGACAGUGAGUUAAAAGUAGACUUGGAGAUUUGUUACUUAUGAACUGCAAUUCAUCCAAACUUCGGCCAAUCUGGUGAUCACCCAAAUUCACACUUUCCAAACCGCCAUAUAGAGUAAUCACGAAACAAAAAACUCGUACAAUGAAAGAGCAUGUUCAAUUAAUUCAUGAUUAUGAGUUCCACCCAGUAAACCAAAAAAAAAAAGAGAUAAUUAAUGGGAAAAAUAUGAUUGAUGGCUAGGGUACAUCCACUAAAUGUUGAUUUUAUUCAUAUAUCAUAUAUGUAGAAAUAUAUAAAAUAUAGAUAUUUUUACUGCUCCACCUCUUUUUCCUUCUAUUGGCUACUUUUUCUUAAUAAAUCUGUAAACCCAAUGGCGGGAAAAUGGGAAAAUUCACCUAUCAAUGUACUGUAAAAUCUACAGAUAAUAUUUAUAUUAUCUGUGUUACUUACUAAAGUGAGAAUCUCACAUGUAAAGCCAGAGUAACUGCCCUGGAAGGAUAGCUGACUUGGAACCACCACAUGUAUGAAAUUCUGCCAUUCAAAAAUGUUUUUAUACCUGGAAAAAGUGGAUUUCAAAUUUAAGAUCAGUAUAGCCGCACUAAAAGCAUAGCCGACUUAGCAAUGUUGACCUUAAACUUGAAAUUCACUUUUUAUCAUCACUGUAAUGAAUAACCUGUAUAUAUUUAGCUUCCUUAAUUGCACACUAACAAAGUUAUUCACUAAAGUGAAAACUGCUGGGAAUUCAACGUAAAUUUCAAAAUAUAAGUCAAAAUAGCAGAUUUACAACAAUUCUCUAAAUCAGGUCUGUUUUUAUUUUUUAUUUUUUUUAUUUAUGUUGGUGUUACGUUUGAAAUUCACUUUAAAUUACCAGCAAUUUUCAUCUUAGUGUGUUUGAUGUAGAAUUUCUAAUCUUCUGCUCUGUUAAUUGCCUGUUAGAGACUGCAGCAGUCCAUUGUUUGUGAUUAAAGUUCAAUUGAGUGAGCCGAGGAUAAGAAUUUCUAAACUAAACACACUGUGCUGUAAAAUUGAAGGCUGUGUGAGUCAGAACCCACAGCAUGCCCUUCUGAAUAAAGAAUUCCUAUCUACUAUUUACUUAGGAAUUUAUUUUGAGGGAAGCUGAUUAAAGAUAGACUAUUCUAAACACAAAUUAUAAAAUCAUAUUGCUUAGAUCUCUCAUUUUCUUUUCUUCAUACAAUUGCUUUCUGUGUUAGUUUGCUUUCAAUAAUCCCGAUGACCAUAUAAUAGGUUUUAUGUUUAUAUUUUGAAAACGAAAACUGGGAACAUGUAAUUUACAUUUUAUCGUACUUCACAAUGUUUCUUCGUUUUAGCUCUAUGGAACAUAAACAUGAUAAAUCAAGCAAAUGAAUAAAAAACUGUAAAGCUACAUUAUUAAUUCAAUAUAAUCAAUUACUUUAUUGACUUUUUUAUGAUUUGACAACAUAGUAGAAUGCAAUAUAAUAAAACGUAAACAGUAAACUUGAAAUUGCUUUGCCAAGCAUUACAAGUUACUUAAAGGGACACUUCAGGCAGAGUAACUGUUUCAUCGCAUUCAAGUGCUUACGGUGUCUGGAGUCUUGGAACAGUCCUUCCAUUCAGUGUUAAAUUGUUUUAAUGUUUUAUUGCUAAAUGAGAGUUCCCAGCAACCCGCUGUGCUAUUGUGGAAAGUAGGUUUGCAAUAUAUAUUUCUGUGUUUGCCUGGUACAUAUUAAUUCAUAAAUGUUGGGGGUGUUACAUUUAUCAUUAAAUAUUAUUAAAUAAUAAGUAUCAGGAGAAAAGGGUUAAGAUGUUUACUUGGAGCAGAGGAAUUAUCACAUAGUGUAUGCAAUUGAUAUAACAUUUGCAAUACUAGCACUUGACAUAUAACAUUCCUACACGCCUUCAUUUAAGUAGAUUAACCUUGCAAAGCCCCUUCAUAGUGUUCAUUGUUACUUGGAUCCUUGGGAGCCCAAAACACAUAUAUGAGAAAUGUAUUGCUCAAUGAAUAUGUCGAUUUUGUGGCAUUCUUGACUGAUAAUUAUUUGUUUUUGUUUUCAUUUAUUUAUUUUUUUGGUCAAUAAAGAUUAUUGAAUGGAAAAAGAUAUACAAUUCCUCCCUCCCUAAUGAGGUAGAACUUCCAGAGCCAUGGGAAGAUAUACUUACUGGUUUUCAGAAAUUGUUGGUUAUACGGUGUAUACGACCUGACAAGGUAAGUGAAAUCAAUCAAUAUUUUUAAAAUGGAUAAUCGCUUGAAAUGUGAUUUUCUAUAUCCAGAACGACUGAUAUUUCGUAUACUUUCUUUCAUUUACACUUUUAUAUUGUUUUGCUGUCGGUAUGAAGCUCUCCUUGUUAAUAUUUCAAAAUCGAUGUUUCUAAAUUUUGAAAACCAGGGGCUUUUCGAAGUUUCAAAACUUACUGUUUCUUCAAACCAAAGCAAAAUCUGCUGUCGUCAGUACCACCCUUUCACGUCUACAGUCCUCUAUCCAUCAUAUCCUUUUGCCCAACUUGUUUUUCUCUGUUUUACUGUCCCUUAGCCUCUCCUAAACCCCCUUGUGUCUCCUUUCCCAUUUCCUUUGAAGUCCAUUUGUCUGUUUUCCCAAUUUUACCUAACCCACCCUUGGGUAUUGAUAGAUCACAGUUUUUUUGUCAAACUGUUUGGCAUGGUUUACUAUUGCCUCAUUGUCUUAUAUCCAUUACAAUAAACUGUAGAGGUCAUGGUGUUUAAAGGGUCAUUUUAAAAUCCCCAAACUGUUCGGAAUUCUACAAUACUUUUAAAAAGUACUUUUAAUAACGUGAUCUGAAUGCCGGUGGCCCAGAUUCAGAUACAGAUUAUCUAUUAAAAUUCUGUUUCAUUAGCAGUAGUAAAAUCGGCUUCUCACAGUGGAACCUUUUUUCCUUAAAAAGUAAUAAAAAGAAAUCUAAAUGAUAAUUUGAUGCACGGGUUAUAGAAAUCUAUCUGAAAUGAGCUUUUGACAAGAGAAAGCAGCAGGUUAUUUUUAAGUCGUGCCAGUCCUCUCUGCCGGUGAAGAUUGGCACUCAGGAACUGUUGUUUGCUUUCAUUGUACUUUCCAAAAAAAAAUAUUACAGCAGGGAAGAAACAGCAGACGUUGAUUCCCAAUAUUUUAUAGCAACUCUGCAGUAACCCUGUCCAAAGUAGCCAGGAUUACACUGGGGAAUAUUUGUGAGGAGUAAAUAAUUAGGUCAAAUCUAUUAAAUGAAAGCAGAUCUUAUUUGAGAAAGCUUCAGACUGUGUGAUUUUGCCGUGCCCAGUUUCUGACUAAUAUCAUUAAAUUAACUAUAUGGGAAGGUGGUUUGAUAGGAAAGUGGUAAGUGACUUUACAUCUAUACUAUAUUUGGGUCACAUCAGUAUUUUAUUUAUUUUAAUAAUACUUAUAUUUUAAUCUUGUUGCUUAAUGUUUAUCAGGUUGCUAUAUAUAGGAUUUCUAUUUUGGCAUGUAAGUAGUUUUCCUAGCAGAAAAAAAAUAAAUAAAAAUUUUCCCAAACAGUACUGAAUGUAAGCAUUUUCAUUGCAAGCUUAUAUUGAAGGAAUAAUACAUUAAUAAAGCAUUUUUAGUGUGCAGAUCAUGACCCUUAAGUAUCACUGCUCAAUUCUCUGCCAUUUAGGAGUUAAAUCACAUUAGCAGGAGAUAAAAAAAAAAAAAACAUCUAAACUAAGUUAAGACCUUUUUUAUGUAUGCCAUGUGAUUUACAGCUAGAGGCAGAAAAAAGUGAUUGAACUCCUGAUUGGCUUAUAAUUGAGACUGCAAAGGCAUGAUCCAGGCACUAAAACUGCUUAAUUAAGCUAACAUUGUUUUGAUGCCUACAGCCUCCCUUUACGACUGUUUCUUGCCAGUUUUAUAUUUUUGAAUAUGAACACAUUACCAUUUUUAUUUAUUUAUUUUUAAGGUCAUUCCUGCUGUUCAACAGUUUGUCACUGAUAAAAUGGGUCCAUCCUAUGUAGACCCUCCUACAUUUGAUCUACAAUGCAGUUACAUGGACUCUACAUCCAGCACACCGCUAAUAUUUAUCCUUUCUCCUGGAGCUGACCCGUUGGAGAUACUGAUGAAAUUUGCAGAAGAACAAGGUAUGUCAGAACAAAAAUAAAGGCUACAUUAUUUAAAGGAUCACUAUAGUGUCAGGAAAACUAAGCGGUUUUCCUGACACUAUAGUGCCCUGAGCGGUCCCCCUCCCGUGUUAAAACCCCUUCAGCAGCUUACCUUUUUCCAGCGCCGGGCACCUUCCCCCCCCCCCUGCCGAUGUCAGCUCCCUCCGACGACGUCAGCGGAUCCGAAUGCGCAUGCGCGGCAAGUGCCGCACGCGCAUUCAAGCUGUCAAUAGGAAAGCAUUUUUUAAUGCUUUCCUACAGACGCUCUGCGUGAUGGAGGCAUAAUAUGCCUCCAGCGACGCAGAUGCGCCUUUAGUGGCUGUCCGGAACACGGCCACUAGAGGCUGGCUUAACACUGCAAUGUAAACAUAGCAGUUUCUUUGAAACUGCUAUGCUUACAUCUGCAGGGUUAAAACCUGUGGGACCUUGCACCCAGACCACUUCAUUGAGCUGAAGUGGUCUGGGUGACUAUAGUGUCCCUUUAAGAGCUAUGCCUGUCUUUUAGUCAAAAUGUAUCAGAAUGAUUUGGAUAACAACACAUUUAUUGGUUUAAAAAAGCUGUGUUUAAAACUUUGUAUAUUGCUAAGGGUCUGCCUAUGCACAUUUGUACGUCAAGCUUGGAACUCUAGAAUUGUUGUGGUGUAACGAUUUCUCGAGUCUGUGCCUAGGGACUAGCAGGUGAUGCACAACUUAUUUCACUCUCUCAUAUAUAUAUAUUAUUAUUAUAUAAUUAUGUUGUGUCAUGAUGAAGGUUCUAAAUUAGGAACUGAAAUAUUGACCAUUCGUGACAAUAAAACUACUUUACUGCAAAUCCAGGAGUGAUGGCAAGUUUUCUAUUUUGCUAUAUAUAAUAUUAUAUAUUACAAUAGACUCAGAGAUUAGUUUUUCUGCAGUUUGACUGAUUUUAGGAUGAUUAGCAGAAUUCCCAAAUUCCAAGUUGAAAUAAACCGGAAUUACUAACUAAAAGAAAUGCGCAAUGCAUGACAUAUUCAGGGGUAUCAAUAUUAUAAAUGCUACUCGGGGCACCAAAAAAUAAAUGAUUGAUGGAUAAAAAUAUAAAUAUUGAAUUUUUCUGCUUUUCCCUCUAUUUGUUACUUAGUUGGUCUGUGAACCAAAUGGCAGGAAAAUGUUCCUAUUAGUGUACUGCAAAAUAUGUGGAAAGAGAGCGAAAAAGCAUUAUAUAAUUUAAUAGUCACUACCAGGAUUUAUUUGCGUAAAGUGUCUUAAAGCUUCCUACAUAUCCCUAUUUUAAUUUUAAGAAAGCUGCCAGUAAACGAUGUUCCUUCCUAGAAAAAUUGUUCUAGAAAAAUAUGUCUAAAGAAUAGAAUAUAGCACUCUGUAAAAAAAACAUCAGAAAGGAAAACUAAAAUGUCUAGAUUUAAAAAAAAAAAUUUCUUACCAGAUACCACUACACCCACCAAGUUCUCAGCCAAUGACAAGCUCGAAACCUACUAAACCUAUACACAACAUUGUUAAACCACGUUCCACGCCAGCCACAUUAACUACCCUGUUCUUUUAUGAACUAAAAAAGUACCUUUUCCCCCUAACCUGCGCCUCAGCCAGAUAAGCUAACUAAAACUGAUCAAUUACAAAAUCGGUGCCCUAUUUAUACCAGAUCCACUCCAUAAUUUCUAACUCCCAUUCACCUACUAGCUUCCACCUAAGCCCAACUUCUAGCUCUGUCAAAGCCCCUUUCCACUAAGCUGCGAUUGUUACCUGGGGCUAUACUCUCUUCGAUUGCUCCGAGGUUCACUAUAUUCACUAUCAACUAAACUAGAACCACAUUGAGAAAAACAUAAUCCUGCAAACAACUGAAUAUGGACAACUGAUCAGCAUUAGUCACUGAGUUAGACCACUCAGACCACUCAGUUUUACAUCCAACGAUUCUACAUUGCACUUAUUUUUAGUUGAGACAAUCUAAAAAGGAAGUUGCCUAUAAACGUUCAGAAAUACACAUCUAGAAUAAUUCAAGCUAAGCUUUCCUGAAACAAUUAAUCAUAAAUGUCCACUAACAAUACGAGAUUUACUUUGCCCCUGGCAGUCUGAUCAGGUCUCUCAUAAUAUUAUCUCUUAAACAUUGAAUUCUUAAAGAAAUUGAGUAUAUUGGUGAAAAGCUUGUAUGAACCUGAAAAUAGGCUUGUUAAGUAUAGGACAGAAUAGUAGAAUUGACCAGAAGUGUCCAUCAUACAUAUUGCAAGAUAAUUCUCACUCUAAGCAUCAUUAUUACAGCAGCUCAGUGUUUUAGUUAUCGUGCAGAGAGGUUAUAGCCUAUUUGCAGUAGUCAAAAAAAAGGCAAGCCAUGGGUGCCAGGGAAUGCACUGUUUGUCAACAAACUGCACUAAAACAGUUCGAAACAAAAGUGAGAUGUUGACGUUGGCUAUUUGCACCAUAACCACUAAAUUGAGCAGUAAUGCUUAUGAUUUUUAGAAUUCCCCUUUUAACGAUACUUUCUGGAACUGCGGGGGGUAUUCAAUAAAAGUAAGCUAAAGUGUCUUCACAACUAACCCUUUAUAUGUGAAUCAAUGGGAAGCAAACAUGGGGUACAACCUAGAAGGAGGUUAAAAAUAAUUCUUAAUACUGGUCCUGCUGUGAAAUAUAUAUAAAAUACAUUGUAAGGGAAGAACGCACAACAGUACAGGUUUAAAUUAAAUCCCCUAUCUUAGCAAAUACAUAUUGGGAUUUAGUCACACCAUAUGGCCAUACCAUGCUUAAACCCACCCUUGCUAAGUUUAAAGUACGCCAAUACUAAUGCUACACUAAUCUUAACAUGGGAGAUAAACUUGUUAACUGCAACACUUGCUGCUUAAACUACUUAAUGAGAGAGAGAGAGAGAGAGAGAGUGUUUGUGUGUGUGUGUGUUUGCGUGCCUGCACUGUUCCCUUAAAAUACUUUUUCUAGGCCAAAAUGUGCUCAUUUGCCGAGAUACUAUUCAAAUGAUUCAUACCUGAAUGGACAGACAUAACUAUGUACUAAAUAUACUCGUAUGGUUUAUACCUAAAUAGUAUUGCAUUAUAUUGUACGUUCUAAGCACAUUGUAAUGAUACAUCAAUCAAGAACAUGGCAUUUUAUGUAAGCUGACAUUUUAUUGAUCUUAAAACAGCUCUACUUAGGGCUGUGUUUAAAUACAAAUAAAGUGCUAACAAAAUUUUAACUUCUCAGAUAUUAACACUUCCAUAUGCAAUUAUCUUUCUUUUUUAUUUGACCUACACGUUUUUAAAAUUGGCCUCUGACUUUAUAUUGUAGUUCCAUAAUUACUCAAAACAGUUUGUUCUUUUUAAAGCUUAUUGGCAAUGAAAUCCCCUGCUUCUCCUUUAGGAAAAUAAUAGCACCACUUUAAUAUCCAUUAGGAACCAAAUUAGAUGUCUUUAUAAAUAGCGGUAAAUUGUUCUGCAAUGCAAAUUCCUAUUGUUUUAAAAGUUUUCACCUUCAAAGCAGACACAAAGAUAUAGUCAACUUCAAAAAUUACAAAUAAGAUGAGAACUCUCAGAUCGUCGGAGGACCCUAAUAAUAAACAAUCGCAAGAUACUAUGGCCAUAUUCUUCCUGACAAUCUGCCAAAAAAAAAAGAAUCUCCAGCUAUCAAAGAAAUUAUAUUAAAAUAAGCCAAAAAUUAAAUUACAAUGUAAUCCAAGUAAGUGUCAUUUGAAGAUGUGAUGAUUUUCAAUUUAAGCCAAUUAAAGAGACAUUAUGAGAAAGAUUAACAUUAAGCCUGGUAAAAUAGCCAUUAUGGCUUAAAAUAAUAACAUAUGCUAUUCACAAACAAAAUCUGGGUAUAUUUAUUGUUUCAACCCAUGGGUUCAAUUAGUACACUUAGGUAAUAAUGGUAAAUGGACCAUAAAGCUUAUAAACAUACAUCUAUAAAAAAAAUUAUAAAAAAAAUAAAUAAAAUUAAAUUAAAAAAAAUAAAAUAGUGAGUAGGCGCUUCACUGAAAUUAUGGCAGUUUUGUAUAUAAUUAAAAUAUACAAUAAGUGGUGUGACCAGUACCUUAGUGCUUCCCUUUUGCACCAGAUAAAAGUAAUGUAAUUUAAAGAAACAUGUACCAGUGUAUACACCUCCCCAAUGUGAUCACAGCAAAAAUGAGUAAUAUUACCAAUAUAAAACUGUAAUACAAACAGCGUAGAGCUUGAUUGGGAUAUAAACUAGAAAAAAAUAAAAAACAACAUAGUGCAAACUGUAUAAUGACUGAUGGAAAAUAAAUGAACAUAUGACUCUCACUCACAUGCUCCAGAGCCGUACCAGGCUCUGUAAAUCAGGCUCAGGGGUGCCAAGUCCUGGCUAACUAUCCAGGUGAAUCAGGUAGAUGAGACUCCAAGAUUAAGUACAAAAUAUUUAUUGUAUAAAAAUGUAUAAAAGUAUAUGCACUACUGGGCACUAUGGAGGGGGGGGAACCCACAACAGACAAUCAUGUAAUAUAGAACAAAAUUGGAAUUCCACUUACCCCUAUUUGUAUAGUAGCCCAGAGUGUAAAAAAUACACAUAAAAUAAUAAAUAACAAAUGUUAUAAAUACAAGCAGACGCGUUUCGGCUAACAGCCUUCCUCCAGUGCUUGUUAUAAAUAUACAUGCCUACCUCCUGUUGAGUCCCUUAAAUCGAAGAGAAAUACAAGUCAGAAGUUCUGCAAAAAAAGGCUUCCAUUUCCAGUAAUGCAAUAGUUUAAAUAUGAAGGGAAGAUUGAGACUGCUCUAUUCUAUACCUCAGUAAUUAGUAUGUUCUACUCUGUGAGCGUGAUGAUGGAAUAUUCAACUAUAUGUUCACCCACUUUCCCUAGGAUUUACACUGUGUUUAAUGUAAUAAUUAAUGGGCCUGAAUAUAUCUAAACCUAUCUCCCAAUAUACAGAGGCUAUUCACUACACCGAGAAUCGCCAGUAAUUAAAAGUGAAUUUCUAUUUUAGACCAAAGUAGCUGAACAAGAACCAUAGCUGACUUGGAGAAAAAAAAUUUAAAUUUAAUUUGAAUUCACUUUUAAUUUCUGACAAUUCACACUUUAGUAAAUAAUGUUGACGGUGUCAGAUGGAUCAGAGGAGGUCCAAUAAGAGAGUCUUCUUUUUGGAAGUAGUAUUUUUUUUUUUUUUUACUAGAUAUUAUUUUAGAUGUUUAUUUAGCUCAGAACUUGAUCACGGUUGAAUAAAUUCCAGUUUAUUAAUGGUAUUCAAGUAAUCCAAUGGAUUUAAAAUAAAUAUAAAAACAUUUGUUUUACUUUCAGAAAUGAGUGGCAUUAAUCUUCAGACAAUAUCACUUGGUCAGGGUCAAGGACCUAUUGCUCGAAAAAUGGUUGAAAAGGUAAUGAAGAAAAAAAAAAUGAAAUUCUGCUUGUGUUUAUUACUAUGCACUUGUAUAAGAAGCUUAUCACAUCUCUAGAACUCUAGGUAGGGUAACUGAGUUUAUGUUGCCGUUUGUGAGCACUUACAUUGACGCAAUAUAUAGGUAAUCUAUUUGUAAACAUGUUAUUUAUGAUAAUUUCAAUUUAUAGAAACAUAUUUAAAAGAGAAACGCAGAAUAAAAACUAAUUCUUAAAAAUUCAGGCAUCAUUAUUGGCUUCUCCAUAGGCAAAACAUAGUCCACUUUGUACCAACACACACACAGACAAUUGAUGGUACACUUAGUGCACUUGGUUAAUUAAAAAGACAAAAGUGUUCUUUUCUAAGAAUUACUGCAGAAAUGUAAAAGGGAGGCAUCUCAAAUUAAAUGUGCCUGCUAGUUCCGCUGGUAAUCGCCUCACUUUGAGUACUUUAGACCAUUUUUUUAAAGAUUAAAUACUUUGAUACAUAUCCAAUACCAAUAGUGUAUCAAUUUCUCAUAACACCUGAAAUCUAACACUAUAAAGGCUGCUCUUAUAUGAUACCUUCCUUUACUGAUUUGGUCUCAGCUAAAUUACUUGGUCUACCCAAAAGAUUAUUAUAUCUUUUACUUAUAAAGGAUUAUGAUAUCUCUGCACACUAAACACUGGAUGACAUUCUUCUUCUUCUAAAUAAGUAAACACUUAAUACAAUGAGUCUAUUUUAUAUACACAAACUAUGUGCAUUAUAGGCCACCUUCAUUCAUACAUGCUUAUAUUAUUUCUCAAUACAUUUUCUUUUCAAAUAAAUUUUAUUUAAAAUUUAGUAAAUUUUAUACAUACACAAUUUUGUUUAAUAAACAUAAGGAGGUAAACGAAAAAAAGAAAAGAAGAAAACAUCAUAAUAAUGAUAAUUAAUCAUACAUGACUUUGACUGUUAUUUUUCCAUUACAAUAAAAGACAAAUUUUACAUUUUCAGUGACAAUGACCUAUAUAUAUAAGUUGAAAUUAACAGGAAUUAUUUACCAAUUAGUAUUCUAACAUGCAUAUAUUAGCUAUACAAUAGAAAUAAACAUUAUAUAAUCUAUUUCAGUUAACCACAUUUACCUAAUAUGCCUCUUUUUAAUUAUUUCCCACUAAGAAUCCAAUGUUUGACCUAGAUGUUCAUAAAGAGAAGACUAUUGUCCUAUUUUUGCAUAUACUUCCAAUAAACAAUUAAAAACAUAAACCUAUAUUGUGGAAUCUUGAUCUUUACUAUUUAGUUUACCAGCCUGACUAGUUUCUUCUAAUUUUUAAUUUCUCAUAAAUAUUUUAUAAAUAAUUUCCACGAAAAGGCCAAGCUUUCAUUAUUUCUUCUCCAUGACACUCAUUUAAUAGCCAUUAAAAUGCAAAUACAUCUAUGAUUUUUAAAUCGGCUAAAUUAACAUUAACAGUUGGGUGAUUGAUUAAAGGUCACAGCGACUGUAUAACUUAAUUUCCUGGAUAAUAAUUGUGUUUGGUUUUCUCCAGAUUGUUUAGGAUACUGCGUUAAUUUUAACUGUUGACAAGUGAAUAAUUGGCUUUUUAUUCUCAUUUCAGGCGGCAGAAGAUGGCACGUGGGUAAUUCUCCAAAAUUGCCAUCUAGCCACUAGUUGGCUUGCUGACCUUGAGCAAAUUUGUGAAGAAGUCAUUUCAGAUCCUGAAAAAACCAAACCCACAUUCCGCUUAUGGCUGACCAGUUACCCGUCACAAAACUUUCCUGUAUCAGUUUUGCAAACUGGAAUAAAAAUGACCAAUGAGCCCCCAAAGGGAUUAAGGGCAAAUCUGAUGAAAUCCUAUCUCAGUGACCCAAUUUCCAACCCUGUUUUCUUCAAUGGAUGCAAUAAACCUCAGGUAUGAUAGCUUUACUGUUUAUACACCUGUCAAUGCUUAAUUUAAAUGGGACAAAAAUGUUCACUAUGCUUCUUUACGCACACGUCUGUUGACAUUAAAUGCUGUCAUAUAAAUCACCAUUAUCUAAAUUGAAAUAUAACAGGUGUUGGCGAUGUCCUUUUCUAUAUAUAAAAUAUGUAUAUAUUUUUUUAAUAUUUUUUUAUAUUAUUUAUAAUAAGUAGAAAUUAUGUACACAUGAGGCACAUAAUAAUUGAAGCUAUUUUGCUGAAUUUCACUGUGAUUGAUGUAGGAACAUAAUGUAUAGCUAAUUAAUUCAUCAGGUUCUGACAUAUUGUAAGCACUUAGACAGUAACUGGAAUAUCCAUCUUAAGCCUUUCUUCAAUGUUUGAUAUAAUGAAAAUAGAGGAGAAUUAAUGAGACAACAAGUAGGACUUUUGAUCUUUUAUGUAUAUGGAUGUUUAAAGGAAUAAAAUUAUGUAUAUAAAAGCAUAUGCUCAGUUUACUUUACAUAACAUAAUCUCUGUUGCAUAAAGAAGAAAAUGUAAAUAAUAUUGUUGUCUUCAAGGACAAACUAGAAAUACCCUCCUGCCUUCUUCACAAUGGCCACAGCAUAUAAUUAAGUAUUUCUAAAAUUCUUUAACUUUGCUAUUAUGACCUAAAUCUUGCCAGCCCAGGGAAGCCGUCAAGUUUAGUUUAGUUUUACUUCCUGUUUUGAUAUUUUUCUUUUUUUCUUUGUAGUUUGCUUGCAUUAUAUUUUCCCUUUUUCCUACCUACGUAUAUCCAACCAACUUUCACAAAACGAAGCCUUCAGUACACAUGGCCACUCAGUUUUAGUGAGUAGAAGGUGGCUUUUGUGAAAGUGGAGACUGAGGAUGGUUCUAGGAUUCAUGACCAUCCUCAUUAUGUCAUUUUAAAAAGAAGAAGUCGACAUCGACGAAACGCGUUGAGCAUUGACCACCUUCAAGAUCCCUGCAUUUUUUUGGUAUAGCAGUCUUUUUCUACAAGUUUUACAUCUCAUAGUAUUUGUGCACUUUAUGCUGUUUUUGUACCAUUGGUACUUUUGUACUUGGCACUUGCACUUUUACUUGUAUGAUUUUAGCUGCCAUCCAUAGGGGUUCUUGAUUUUGAUUAUUAUUGUUUUUAUUACUGUUAUUUUGUGCAUGUUGCACUUUUGGCUAUUAUUGUUUCAAUAAAGUGGACCCCACACUUCCACAGUAUACUCUGCAUUUAUGGGAUUAUUCUAUACCAUAUCGAUAUUUAUCUUAGUGGUUGUGGCGCCCUGUAGUCUGCACUAGUGUUCAGACUUUGUGUUUAUUUUAUUUAUAUAGAGGUUUAGAGUGACCUCAAUACAGUGGCUUGCCUGCACUAAAAUUUAGACCUACUAUCACCCACAUCAUCCUUUUAUUUAUUUUCUAAAAAGGUUCUUGGACUGAGUUGUUUAUGAUCCCUGGCCCAUUUCCUAAUUUUAUUCUCACUUGAAGAAAAAAACAACUAAUUAUAAAUUGAGGAAGCAGUAUAAACUAUUGUUGUAUAUAUCUGUGAAUGUUUAUAUACAUGAUUUAAAAGCAUGGUCCCUCUGACCUAUCCCUUUGGUCUAAAACUAAUGUUAACUCUGCAGAGAAAGUAAUAUUUCUGACAUAACCCAAUAUUGUCCCUCUGCAUAUCUGCAGAUGGAUUGUAAAUGGUAGCUAUCUUCUGCCCCUCAAAUUUUGCUGCACCUUUUUAAGCUUAAAUUGAAUGGUUGCAUUUUAUUAGUUAAGUAGAAGAAUAUAUCACAUAGAUUCUUUGCAGGCUGACACUCAGCUAACCUUGAACAGUCUUAUGUAGGGUAUGAUGGAGAGGGGGUGAGGCUGGUAACUCAUGGAUGAAAAUAAAGUUGUUACACAUGUUACUUUUUAAAAAGGUCUUCUUGGGAAAUAGUAGAAAUAGAAAAAUAGGCUUAUAUUAAUAAUUCAGUAGCUGUGAAAUUCUCAUUACUCCUUUUUAAGGCUCAUUGAUGCGCGUGGGGUGCGAAGGUUAACCCAUCUGGUCUGAUCACUUUGAAGCUACUGUAGUUCAAAUUGCUGAAAAACUUAAUGCUGGCCAUGAUAGAAAGGUGCCAGAACAUAUAGUGCAUUGCGGUUUGAUGCGUAUGGGACUGUGCAACUGCAGACCAGUCAGAAUGCCCAUGAUCCUGUCCACCUCCGAUAGCGCUUUCAAUAAGGACGUGAGAGUCAAAACUGGACCAUGAAGCAAUGGAAGGAGGUUGCCUGGUCUGAUGAAUUCUUUUAAAUCAGGUGGAUGGCUGGGUGCGAGUCCGUCGUUUACCUGGGCAAGAGAUGGCAACAGGAUGCACUAUGAGAAUAAGGAAGGCAGGUGAAGGCAGUGUUAUGUUCUGGACAAUGUUCUCCUGGGAAAUCUUGGGUCCUGGCAUUCAUGUGGAUGUUACUUUGACACGUUCAACCUACCUAGACUACAGGCACCCCUGAUGGCAAUUGCCUCUUUCAGCAGGAUUAUGCACAAAAAUUGUUGACAGGACAUGUUCAGAGGUCUUGUGGAAUCCAUGCCUCGACGCAGCAGAGCUGGAAACACGAGGGUACCUACACGAUAUUAAACAGAUGGGUUUAAUGUUGUGGCUGAUCAGUGUAUAUAUAUAACGCUAACAUAUUUUAUUUUAUUACAGUUUAUUUCUAUAGCUGAAGAGCCCACACUUGUCCAGACACUGACAUUUACACACUUUAUUUUAUGCUUUGAGAAUUAAUUUGCUGUCGCAGUUCUCUUAAUUCUAUGGGAGGGAGGGAGAGAUACUUAUAGUAAACACGUUCAUUUUUUUAUUUUAUUUUUUAAAUGUCAGCAUUUGAACAGUCUACAUCAUAACAGCAUGUUCAAAAUGUUAACUGAUAUGUUUAAUGCUAAAUUACUAUGCUAUGUUUAUUUAAUUUUGUUUUACAUUGUGUUGCUGUACAAAAUUAAAUUAACACAGGGCAUACUACGGAGGUGGUAAUGAAAGGGUUAAAUGCGGUUCCGUUAGCACUAUAUCUGCUAAAAUUACACUAUAGAACAAAUUAUCGAAAAAAGGUUCAUAUAUCGUUAAUAAAGCAUUUUACAACAAUGUAAAAAAAAAAAGUAACAUGACAAAGGAAAGGAAAAAAAUUACAUUGCAUCUAUUUUCUGUUAAUUAUAUUAUUAUUUUAUUAUUUUAUGGAUUAAUUAUACUGUUCUCUUCAUUUUAUUGUAUAGAUUGUCAAGACUAUACCAGAGAGCUUUCAUGAUAUAUCUAAACACAGUCAAAUCGAAAAGCAAAGCUCUGUAAAUUGAAAGUUUAAAGCUACAGUUGCAAGAAUCUAUAUUGGAAUCAUGACAAUAAAUAAUAAAGUGCAGUGCUUUUAAUUUAUAUUAGUGACCCAUUAGAACUGGCAAGAUCCAUACUGAGCACAUGAAGAGGAAUACUAAUUGUAAACCACUAAUCCAUUGUUUUAUGUGCUGUCAUCAAACUGUCAACUUAAAUGAUAGCACGUAAAUGAUGGCGAAUUUUCUUUCUUGUUGCUGUGCUGAGGAAUCUUUUGACAUGUAUGUCAAGAGAAACCCAGGCUUAUCACUCAGAUUUCUCAUCUCCGAGUUCAUUUUGUUGUGUGACUUCGGCAGUGCAACCUUGUCGUGGUUGAAAGAUAGCUGAACUACUGCAAAGAUAUCCUGCUCACUCUUACAACUUACUCAAUGUCAUAUUUCUAGUUACAUAAAUGUACAACGGUACGUGGAUGACAUUUCAUUUGUCAUUUAGAACAAGUGAAGAGGCAUGCACUAUUUACAAAGUUCAUAACAAUAUCGGAAUUAUGGCUUCUAAAAGACUGGAACCGACGUGAUUUAUUUAUUAAGAUAUGCAGAAGGGUGUAAAAGUUGCUAGCAGUAGCAAAUAUAAAACCUAAAAUAAACAAUACAAUAUAAAGAAAAUGCUAAAUCAAUGCUGUAUGUCCAAUACUUUGCUACCAGAAUGUAAAAUUCCCUUGUUGACUUCAGCCAAUACCAAUAAUGUAGCUUUGGCAGAUAUCAAUUUAUAGCGGCAUUAGGUCCAGAAUAACCAUUAGGCAAAAUAAGCACCUGCUUAAAGGUGGAUGCUAAACUUGCGCCACAGGUGCCCUGUUCAUAGUAACCAGCUUUGGUGCAGUGGUAAGGCUGCAGAACCACUGUGUUGCAUCUAAGACUGUGUGUUCUCUGCAUGCCCUUUCCUUCUCAGACUUAAGGCAAUAAACUCCAGUAAAGAUGAGGAUAUGGACUGGGGACAGAAUGGCCCUACUGCAAAAAAUGGAACAUGACAAAUAGUUCAAGGUGUUGCCUUGACCUCCAAAUUCCCCAGAUCUCAAUCCAACUGAGCAUCUGUGAGAUUUGCUGGAACAACAAAUCUGAUACAUGGAGGUCCUACCUUGCAACUUGCAUGACUUAAAGGAUCUUCUGCUAAUACCUUGGUACCAGAUUCCACAGGACACGUACAGAGGUCUUGUGGAGUCCAUGCCUUGAGGCAUUAGAGCUGUUUUGACAGCUUGAGAGAAACCUACACAAAGUUUCAUUUUCAUGCUUUCAUCUCCUUCCAUUUGAUGCCAUUGGUUUUUUAGAAAGUUUUUAAACUUAAAAUUUAAAGGAUAUAACAGGAAUUAGACAGAUAGCAGACGGGAAUUUGGAAGUGAUGGCCAAAUUAAGUUAAUGGAGAGUUGUAGCUACCAGUAAAAAGGAAUAAGAGAAAGUAAAGGGAAUGAGACGGUAAGUUAGACAGAUCUGAUACAGAUGAAGGGGCGUGCUAUAAAUUUAGUAGGAAUGUGGAUGGGUGGAAGUGCUUAGAGAAAAUGGAGAGAUUCUGUAUUGCUUGGAUCUGGGUGUGUGUAGUGAGGACUAAGGAAAGGAACAUGGAGAGGAGACACAGUUCUAUGAAGGCAACCAGAUGUGGCAAAGGAUGGAGAGAGAGGGGGUGGGAAAAGCAAACAUUUUUUGUUUACAAUUGAAAUGUUUACCACCAAAUUCUAUCUCCAGAAAUAUUAAUAACUAUAUGUAUAUGAAAAAUUGGUGGAAUACAUUCAAUGAAAAUAGCAAUAAAAAAUGCAUGCACAUGAUAUUCCUGCUUUUCAGCCGAAUCCUGUAGAGGAUAGAAAUCAAGCAUGGGACCAAACCUCUUACACACCCCUAUCCAAUCAAAAAGGAAAGAACAAGUUGCUGAAGCUAGUAAAAUCAUUUUAGCAGGGUCUCAGCACAUAACUUGCUGGACUCAUACACAGUAAUCCAGUGGCCUAGCAGAUUAGGCUUUGGAUGAGACUAGGCCGUCCAGGAGACUUUCGCAAGUUAAGUGUGGGAGCGUUGGGGAUUGCUCCUGUUACACUAUUUGUAACUAAGCUACAUGAUUUGUUCUUAUUCUCUGAGCAGUUUAUCAGCCAACAUUGCAUAUGCUCUACUCUUUUCCUCCUCUUUUGUUGUAUUGGUCAUGCACUGUGUUUCUCUUGAUAUAAUUUACCACAACAAAAAUAUGCUGUUAACCACAUGUAUGCAUUCCUUGAUGUGAGCUUUGCAAAUUACUGCAUAUAUGUACCGUUAUUCUUGACAUUAACCUGCACAUCAAAAAUAAAGAAUUUUAAAAAAUAACAAAAAUAAAAACAAAAAAUGCAUGCACGGAAAGUUACAGUGGCAAACUACAGGUAUAAAUGGUAACAGUGCUAGAGCAACAAAUAAUAAUAUGGGAACAAAGUUAGAAUAAAUGAGGGCAGGGCCGGACUGGGUCACCGGGAUACCGGGAAUUUUCCCAGUGGGUCACGGCACCUGGGGCCGGCAGGAAGCCCUAAUAUUUUAUUUAAAUUAUUUUUCCCUUGGACUGUGACAGCUUCUGUCAGUCCGAGGGAAUUCAGGAGGCAAGUGCUGGGGGCUGGUGCAGCUGCAUCAAGGCUAGUGAAGGCCAGAGGGAUUACUGAGUCUCCCUUCCUGAUUCCCAGGCAGAGUCUGGUUUUCAGCAGAACAUGGUCCAACUUACCAGAGAUCCCAUCAACGCUGAUAGGACAGGCAAAGUUCUAACUUAGAAACCCAUGGAAAAUUCCUGCUUAUUGUUCCACAUUUAGAACAUUUCCCCAGAAUUACUGUAUACUCCUAUUUACAGCACUGUAAACACUGCUUACUGCCUCCACUUUAUAUGCAAUCAUACAGAACUGUAUACACAAACCUACAGCACAGUACACGCUGUAUCCAGGCCACUGUACCAGUUUGGGACUUUUCUCAGGACAACAGAAGUCCCAAACUGGUUCUGAAAUGUUGGCCAUCUAUGCACUUCUAGCACUUUAUGUAAGUGUUAUUUUUUUAUAUGUAGAAAGAGUGCAGACUACUUUUUGGAUUUGUUUGUAUAUAUAUACUGCUCAAAAAAUAAAGGGAACACAAAAAUAACACAUCCUAGAUCUGAACGAAUUAAAUAUUCUUCUGAAAUACUUUGUUCUUUACCUAGUUGAAUGUGCUGACAACAAAAUCACACAAAAAAAUUAAAAAAUGGAAAUCAAAUUUUUCAACCCAUGGAGGUCUGGAUUUGGAGUCACACUCAAAAUUAAUGUGGAAAAAUACACUACAGGCUGAUCCACCUUUGAUGUAAUGUCCUUAAAACAAGUCAAAAUGAGGCUCAGUAGUGUGUGUGGCCUCCACGUACCUGUAUGACCUCCCUACAGGGUGGCAGAUGGUCUCCUGAGGGAUCUACUCCCAGACCUGGACUAAAGCAUCUGCCAACUACUGGACAUUCUGUGGUGCAACGUGACGUUCGUGGAUCAUGUCCCAGAUGUGCUCAAUUGGAUUCAGGUCUGGGGGACUGGCGGGCCAGUUCAUAGCAUCAAUGCCUUCGUCUUGCAGGAACUGCUGACACACUCCAGCCUUAUGAGGUUUAGCAUUGUCUUGCAUUAGGAGGAACCCAGGGCCUACUGCACCAGCAUAUUGUCUCACAAGGGGUCUGAGGAUCUCAUCUCGGUACCUAAUGGCAGUCAGGCUACCUCUGGCGAGCACAUGGAGGGCUGUGCGGCCCCCCAAAGAAAUGCCACCCCACACCAUUACUGACUCACUGCCAACCGAUCAUGCUGGAGGAUGUUGCAGGCAGCAGAACGUUCUCCACGGUGUCUCCAGACUCUGCCACAUCUGUCACAUGUGCUCAGUGUGAACCUGCUUUCAUCUGUGAAGAGCACAGGGCGCCAGUGGCGAAUUUGCCUAUCUUGGUGUUCUCUGGCAAAUGCCAAAUGUCCUGCACAGUGUUGUGCUGUAAACACAACCCCCACCUGUGGACGUCGGGCCCUCAUACCACCCUCAUGGAGUCUGUUUCCUAACGUUUGAGCAGACACAUGCACAUUUGUAGCCUGCUGGAGGUCAUUUUGCAGGGCUCUGGCAGUGCUCCUUCUGUUCCUCCUUGCACAAAGGUGGAGGUAGCGGUCCUGCUGCUGAGUUGUUGCCCUCCUACGGCCUCCUCCACGUCUCCUGAUGUACUGGCCUGCCUCCUGGUAGUGCCUCCAUGCUCUGGACACUACACUGACAGACACAGCAAACCUUCUUGCCACAGCUCGCAUUGAUGUGCCAUCCUGGAUGAGCUGCGCCACCUGAGCCACUUUUGUGGGUUGUAGACUCCGUUUCAUGCUACCACUAGAGUGAAAGCACCGCCAACAUUCAAAAGUGACCAAAACAUCAGCCAGGAAGCAUAGGAACUGAGAAGUGGUCUGUGGUCACAGAACCACUCCUUUAUUGGGGGUGUCUUGCUAAUUGCCUAUAAUUUCCAACUGUUGUCUAUCCCAUUUGCACAACAGCAUGUGAAAUUGAUUGUCACUCAGUGUUGCUUCCUAAGUGGACAGUUUGAUUUCACAGAAGUGUGAUUGACUUGGAGUUACAUUGUGUUGUUUAAGUGUUCCCUUUUUUUUUUGAGCAGUGUACAUAUAUAUAUAUAUUUAUAUAUACACACUCAUACACAUUACGUGGCACAAGGACUUAUGGGGCUUGCAUACAUUUUUAUUCUAGAGCUGCAUUGCAUUCCCAGUCCGGCCCUGAAUGAGGGAGAGUAUCUUCCCAGCUUUAGUCAGUACCUUGGGAUCUGGGUAUGUACAGUGUGGCCUGAAAAUCUUAUGCCUGGCUCUUCCCCUCCUGGAUAUCAAUCAGGAGGUCAGGGGUCAGCCGCACAAUUGACAGGCUAUUCAGUUGUGGAAGGGUCUGGAGCUGAAGCUCCACACACCCCUAUAUCAAUCCGGCCCUACCCAACCGUGAUGGCAGCGUGGGAAACAGUUGUCUAUAAUAGGUUUUUUUUAAUUAGUUUUGUAUCUUUGUAAUCUUUUAUCUGCUUACUGAAGCAUUGUGAAAAAGAUGAUGUCAUUUGGAAUAAGAGAUCAAAAAACUUUGAUAAACUGAAAAAAUCCAAAAUUGUACCAUACACUAAUCAUUAUAUUCCCAAAUACUAAUUUAUUUAUUUCUAUUUAUUCUAAUUUGGAUUCUUGAUGCACUUGCCAAGUUGGUUUUAGGAAAACAAAAUCAAAAACAUUGCACUCUACUUGUUUUGUAGCCAACAAUACAAUGCAAAUGAAAUGCUCUUUUGUCACAUAUAUUGCCAAUUAAGACUUGAGCAUUCCAAUUAGCAAUUCUACUUUUUUUCACCACUUCUGUGCCUUUGUUGAGUGAGUAUCUGUGUUGGCUGGGAGGGGGUGGGGUUCUUAUGUACUACCAUCUCUCCUAUUGCUAUACCUUUGGCAAACUUGGUCUAGUUGCAAUGUUUCUGCAACUGCUUAUCAGCCGCUGUUUGACUACAACACCCCUAAUUAUGAGCAUACCUGAGGCCAGGGGUCAAGUCCUGGGGAAAAAAGUGGGAACCCCACCCAAAAAAAAAAAUGAUAUGCUCAUAUGCAUAUAUAUAGCUGGGUGAAGGAGUGACAGUGUAUGGGGCCUGCAAGUGAUUGGGGAUGGUGAAAUUGUAUGGAGGGGGUGUCAGUGUGUGUAUGAGGAUAAUAGAGUGUGUGUGGGGGGGAGUGAGAUGGGGGUGUGUGGGAGGGUGACAGGGUGUGUAAGGGGGCUAUGACAGGGUUUGUGGGGGAGGGGCUGUGACAGUGUGUGGGAAGACAGGGUGGGGACAGCUGUGACAAAGUGUGGGUAGGAAGGCUGUGAGAGGGUAGGGAAGCUGUGAGAGGGUGGGGGGCUGUGAGAAGGUAGAGGGGCUGUGAUAAGGUAGGGGCUGUGAAAGGGUAGGAGGCUGUGAGAGGGUAGGGGGCUGUGAGGUGGGUAGGAAGCUGUGAGGUGGGUAGGAAGCUGUGAGGUGGGUAAGGGGCUGUGAUUGGGUAGGGGGCUGUAGGGUGGGUUGGGGGCUGUGAGUGGGUAGGUGGACUGUAAGGUGGGUAGGGAGGCUGUGAGGUGGGUAGGGGUUCUGUAAGGUGGGUUGGGGGGCUGUAUGGGGGUAUGAGGACUGUGAGUGGGUAGGGGGGCUCACUGACAUACAGACACACUUACAGACAGACACACACACGCUUAAAGCCAGACACACACACACACACACAAACACAGAUUAUUAUUUUAUUUUAAUUUAAAUCCAGCCAGCCUCCCUACCUUUGGGAGAGCUGGGUGGAUUUUUUACCUGGGGCCCAGUGGGGCUGCUGGCCAGGUUGUUUGGGCAGGAAGGUGGGCAGGAAAGCAGGCGGGCAGUCAGCUGCCACGACCUCAUAUUCUGGCUCCCGGCAUCACUCAGAGGUGCGUUGCCCUCCUGGAGUUCAACUGGCCGCUUACCUCGAGUAUAACAAUGCAAACGCCUUGUUUGCCUUGCGGGCAGACAAGUCCUGCAGGACUACUAUCGUGAACUAAGUGAAUAGACAGAAACCUGGCUCUCCCCCUCUGACACUGCCACCCCUGCAUCUUUGUCCUUCGGUGGUCUCCAACUUACCCACACCCCAAGAAACUCUGAAUGUAAAGGUGGUGGUGUUGGGUUUCUCCUCUCCCCUCACUGCUCUUUUAAACCUCUUCCCACCCCCCCUUCCCUCUCUUUCCCAUCAUUUGAAAUACACUCAAUUCGCCUUUUCAAACCCUUCGCUGCUAACAUUGCUGUUAUUUACCAUCCCCCUGGUUCCCCUCUUCUCUUCCUUGACCAUUUUGCUGCCUGGCUACCCUAUUUCCUCUCUUCUAACAUCCCAUCCCUAAUUCUCGGGGACUUCAAUAUUCCUAUAAACCCACCUUUGACCUCUGCAGCCAAUAAACUACUUUCAAUUACUUCCUCCCUCGGGCUAUCACAGUGGGCAAAUUCUCCCACCCAUGUAGCUGGCAAUACCCUUGACCUAAUCUUCACUUAUGCAUGUACAGUAUCUAAUAUCUGCAACACUCCUUAUCCUCUCUCUGAUCACCACCUCUUAUCGUUUGCUCUCACGUACCCCCUCACCCAACAACCUCCGCCUAACCAGCCUCAACUCAGGAGGGACCUUAAUUCUCUUGAUCUCCAACAGUUGUCAGCUGACAUUGAUUCACAACUGCUGUCCAUCCCUUCCCUAUCCUGUCCUUCACUGGCCAUCUCCAUAUAUAACUCUACUCUUACAUCUGCCUUGAACACUGCAGCGCCACUCCAAACAAGCACCUCAAGGAGGACCCGCCCCCAACCAUGGCAUACUAAAUCAACGCGCUACCUGCAAAGAUGCUCCCGGUGUGCUGAACGCUCCUGGAGGAAGUCUCGCACCCAGUCAGACUUUCUCCAUUAUAGAUUCAUACUGUGUUCAUACAGUGCAGCCCUUGCCCUUGCCAAACAGUCCUAUUUUUCCUCUCUCAUUAGUUCAUGUUCCCGCAACCCCAGGCGUCUCUUUGACACCUUUAAUUCUCUUCUUCGCCCCGCUGUGGCCACCCCCCAAACCAACCUUACUGCUGAUAACUUUGCAUGUUACUUCACUGACAAAAUUGAACAGCUAAGGAAAGAAUUCUCCCCUCCUUGCCUUUCUGUUUCUCAAUCACACAUUGAUCAUGCCUUUCCUACCCUUCAGACAUUCUCCCCAGCCACUGACCAAGAGGUGGCUGCUCUUCUUUGCUCCUCUCGCCCCACCACUUGCCCGCUCGAUCCUGUCCCGUCUCACCUUAUCAGAUCUCUCUCCGCUUGUCUCGUGCCUUCUCUAACACACAUCUUCAACUGCUCGCUCUCUUCUGGCAUCGUCCCUGCUGACCUUAAACAUGCCACUGUAGUACCUAUACUAAAAAAAACAUCCCUCGACCCGUCCACCCCCUCUAACUACCGUCCCAUAUCCCUGCUCCCUUUUUCCUCAAAGCUUCUGGAAAGACUUGUCUUUACCCGUGUGUCUCAUUUCCUCAAUUCCAACUCUCUCCUUGACCCCCUUCAAUCUGGCUUCCGCCCUCUCCACUCUACAGAGACUGCCCUUAUCAAAGUUACUAACGACCUAAUCGCAGCUAAAUCCGAAGGCCACUACUCCAUACUAAUUCUUCUUGACCUCUCGGCGGCCUUUGACACCGUUGAUCAUGCUCUCCUUCUUCAAACUCUGCAAUCGCUUGGUCUCUGUGACUCUGUCCUCUCGUGGUUUUCCUCUUAUCUCUCCCAACGCUCAUUCAGUGUCUCUUUUUCUAAUGAUACCUCCUCCCCUCGCCCUGUCUCGGUUGGAGUCCCCCAAGGCUCCGUCCUUGGUCCCCUUCUAUUUUCUCUUUAUACUGCCUCUCUUGGCAAACUUAUUACCUCAUUUGGUUUCCACUACCACCUGUACGCUGAUGACACCCAGCUAUAUCUCUCCUCCCCGGACCUCUCCCCUGCUGUCCUGCAACGUGUCACUGCUUGCCUUUCUUCCAUCUCUGACUGGAUGUCCUCCCGCUUUCUGAAACUCAAGCUCUCAAAAACUGAGCUCCUUGUCUUUCCUCCUCCUAAUACUGAUCCUCCUCUUUCGCUCUCCCUUCAAGUUUGUGGUACCAACAUCAGCCCAUCCUUGCAAGCGCGCUGUCUUGGCGUCAUACUUGACUCUGGUCUCACCUUUGAGCCUCACAUCCAGCAUGUUGCCAAAUCCUGUAGAUUCCAUCUUAAAAACAUAGCCCGCAUCUGCCCCUUUCUUGCACCAGAUACUACCAAGGAGCUUGUCCAUGCUCUAAUAAUUUCACGCAUGGAUUAUUGUAACCCUCUCCUGCUUGGUCUUCCCAAAAGCCGUACUGCACCCCUACAGUCUGUAAUGAAUGCUGCUGCUAGACUGAUUUUCCUCUCUAGUCGGUUCUCUCACACCUCACCCCUCUGCCAGUCCUUACAUUGGCUUCCUGUGUGCUAUAGGAGUCAAUUCAAGGCACUAACUCACACCUAUAAAGCACUGAACAACUCUAGCCCCUUUUAUAUCUCUUCACUGAUCCACAGGUAUGUCCCUUCUCGGUCUCUCCGCUCUGCCCGUGACCACCUCCUGUCCGUUGUCCGCACCCGUACGGCCAACUCGCGCUUGCAGGACUUCUCGCGGGCGGCUCCCUUCCUAUGGAAUAGCCUGCCUCCCGCCAUCCGACUCUCCCCUAGUCUUGCAUCUUUUAAGAAGUGCCUUAAAACCCAUCUCUUUAGGAAAGCUUAUGGCCUCCAAGACUAAACCCUACCUCACAUACCCGUCUCUUGCCCUCUCCUAAAGAGCAGCCCACCUUUUUUGAUUGCACAUUCCUGUCCUAAUGUGUCUUACACCCCACCUCCUAUAGAAUGUAAGCUCGAUUGAGCAGGGUCCUCUUCAACCUAUUGUUCCUGUAAGUUUAUUUGUAAUUGUCCUAUUUAUAGUUAAAUCCCCUUUCAUAAUAUUGUAAAGCGCUACGGAAUCUGUUGGCGCUAUAUAAAUGGCAAUAAUAAUAAUAAUAAUAAAUAAUUGUAAUAUACCAAUAAAUAUUAAUACAAUAUUAAUACAAUUAAAAAAAAACUUUUGUUAUGAAAUUUCUGGUUAUAUACCCAGCACCAUAAACUCUUUACAAUACCAUAAGAGACAAUAAGGGACAUUUUUCCAUUUUUUAAAUGCCAGUUUGGGAGCAUAUUGUUAACUGUUAAGAGACAUUCUUUGGUUUGCAUUAUAAUUGCUCCUUAUGUAGUACUUUGCCCUUAGAACAGCUCCUGGGUUUGGUUUCCAAAAUAUCUACCAAUGGUAGAGAGGGCCCUCAUGCAGAGAGGACCCUCAUGCAAGAAGUUAUUUGGAGCCCACUAGCAGAGGGGUGCCCAAAGGGUAUAUCCCCUUCUGUCGUACUCUUCAACAAUUGCCAGCUGUAGAUUGACCAUUUGCACAUCCCUGCAGGGUUGUAUUUAGCACUGAGUAAUGCUUGUGUGUGUCUGUGUGUGUAGUGCUGGCGUUUGAAUGCAGACGUGCAUUUGUGUGUAGUGUUGGUUUAUAAUGCAGAGGUUUGUUUAUUUAUAAUGCUGGUGUUUUAAAACAUAGGUGUGUGUGUGUUUGUAUGUAGUGUUGACAUUUGAAUGCAGUGUUGACAUUUGAAUGUUGAUGUGUAUGUGUGUGUAGUGUUGGUGUUUGAAUGCUGGGAUGUGUACACAAAUACACAUACAUUGCCAAAUACACACUGAUACACAUACACUAACUUAUACACAUGCAGAUAAACAGACACACGCAUACAAACACUGACACAAAUACACACAUGCAGAUACACUGGCAUACAGAUAUACCUAUUGAUACACGUGCAGAUGCAUUGAUGCAGAUGCACAGACACACAGAUACAAACAGUGAUGCACACACACAGAUACAAACACUUACAUAUAUACAGAUACAGAUACAGACACACAGAAAAAAAGACACACAUACAGAUACACAGACACACAAAAAUAUACAAGGACACACAUACAAAUACACAGACACACAGAAACACACAAAUACACACAUACAGACACAUAUGCUGGUCAAAACUUUAGCCACCCUCCAUUUACCUACCCUUUGGUUGCAGGGUGGCUUCUUCUGGUUGAGACUGUUGGGAAUUAAGGGCUUGCUCUUCCCCCUUUGCCUCCUCCUCUCCCUCCCACGCGGUUAGCUGGGAGGACAGGCACUCACUUCCUCCCAGUGAUGGCUGCUGAUAUUACAUAGGGCCAGCUGUUAAAGCACCGCAGGCCCCUGAUGAAGCAUGACCAUCGGGUGACCCUAAGUGCAUGGGCCACCCAAUGAACCUCCUCAGACUGGGGGCCCCAGUGGAGGUGCUAUUCUGGUGGAAAGAGCUUUAAAAAAAAAAAACAUGGAUACCAAUGGAAUAUUUCUCUACAUUUAGCACUUUCCACCCAAAAUAGCACACAUUCAGUCUUGAUAAUAUUUUUCCAUUUAAUAAUGUAUUAAAUAAUAAUAACAUUUGGCAAUAUCUUACAUUUGCCCACAUACUGUUGCAUGUUUAUAUCUUAUGUUUUGCCUGCUACUUUUGCAAUGCAAUAACCAGUGAAUAGUACAUCUACAUUCAUUACAAAUAAAAGCAUAGUGUUGUGAAAAUAUUUGCCUGCCCAUUUUUCUCUUGUACCUACUCUAAACUGGUUUGAUUGUGACACCAAUCACAAAAUAAUUAUUAUUCUAAAAACAUAAGCAAAUCACAAUAACACAUACACAAAUACAUGCAACUCUUGAGCUUAAAAACAUAGUAAUAUAUGCUAGUCACGCAAGCAAGAAAAUUGCAAAUUACUUUGUAUUUUGAAUUCACAUAAUAUUAUUGUGAUUUUCAUGCCACAGUAGUGGUUUAAUAAAAGCCCUGGAUGUGUGAGUAUUUUUUACCUUUAAUUAUACAUUCAAAAUGUGUUAUUGCUUAUGUUAAUUGUGUGAAUAUGCUCCUUACUGUAAAAUUAAUUUCAAAUGUCAGUUUAUGCUGGACCAGUGUAAUAAAUGAUAAUACUCUAUUGCUUUUCUCCUUUAGGAGUCUUAAAUUAUUUUAGAUUUUAACUGAAUCAAAAGCUAAUUAAUGCAUUUUACAAUUACUCAACUUAGCUGUAUAUUGAUGACCUCAGUAGCUCAAAAGACUCACGAAAAUCCUUGCGACCCUGAGAUUUGAAUAUAUGUUACAUGUAGUUAGUUAACUAAAUAAAUUAUCAAACCAUCAUUUAUCCUCACCAAACAGUUAAUGGUCACUCUCAAUCGGCAAUAUAAUUUUGUAAUGUAAGAUUUUUUUUCUAGUUAAAGAAGAAACAGUUAAGUCUCUUUGUCACAGAUGGUAUUAGUCAACUAUUCCACCUUCUUACUUCAAUAAACGUGAUUUAAUUUGACAAGAGAGAUUCUUGUCAUUGUCAGACCACCACAUAGUCAAUUCUCCCUGCAGCUCAACAAAACAGCAGGAACUGUGUUAGAGAAAUUAAAGCCUCGGAAGUGGGAUUGUCUGGAGGACAUUUCAUUAUGUCCAAAGUUAGAGAAGAUAGCCUACACAUUUAGGGAGGUGUCGAUCUAAAUUUAACCAAACAGGGAAAAAAGAAUGGAUUGAUUUAUCUGACAAAUGAAAUAGAUUUUUGAAGAAUUGGUUUUUAAAUGAAGUCUUUUCUUCCAAUGGGAUAUUUAAAAUAUUGGCUAUUAGAGAUGUCAAAAAAUUAAGAUAAUUUUAAGUGAAUGUCACGAGAAACUUGAUUUAAAUUCCUUUCUGACAAAAUAUGUUUAUACUAAUGAUAUCAGAAGUUAGAUAUUUUUUUAAAUAUGGUGUGGCAACUGAGGGUGUACAUUGGAAUAUAGAAAGUAAUAUACAUAUGCUCUCAAAAAAAGUCGCUUAAUUUCGCAAAUAUCAUUUCCACACCAACUAGAUUCUUUAAUCUCUUCCUAACAGAACAACAUGUCAGAUCCAUCAUGACAUUUUCAGAUUUUCCUAAGCACAUAUUUGAAGGGGUUAAAGGGACACUGGGAGCACUGGUUAUAGGGUUUUCACUGCAUAUAAUAUGUGAGAGCUAUCUUUCAAGCCAUUUUCAAGGUGAUUGCUAAAAACAAGGGUCCUGUGGGCACCUAAAGCACGACCCCACUGCUAGGGCUGGAAUGCAGAAUUGACUGCUCUUAUCCUAGCUGUGUGGCUCUUUCAUUCAAUUCAACAUAGACCUUGAUUCAUCAAGCUCUUUCAAAUUACUCAAUAAUGUUAGAAAUACUGUCCAAAAGCUUUAUCUACAGAAGUCACCAUUAACGUCUAUGGGAAUUUUUGUACAUAAAUAAUUUGGAAAAGUUUGUUAACAGAAUUGAGUUAUUUUGGAAAGCUUAUGAAAUUGAGGCCAUAUGUUUUUCUAGGUUUUGGAAUCAACGGGAUAUUAGAACUGAGAAAUCAUUUGAAGAUUUGUUUGUGCAUACAGGCACAGGUUAAAAACUGAUUUUUAAUAAUACAAUAAGCAAAGCACAAAUGGCAAUGUAAAACAGAAUGUGUAAUUUUAUAAGUUGCAUUGAGUAGGCAUUGAUGGACUGAAAAAGUAUGAGCAGCCAGUAGCAUACGUUCUGUCUCUUCUAUUUAGAGCUCAUAGGUACAGCACUGGGGUAAAAUCUUUACAUGUGUUUAUACAAGCUCUGUCACUCAGUAUUAAUAAAAUUCAACAUUAUAUAUCUGUAAGUGGUGUUGAUAACGUAGCUGGAUGCAUAGGCAGUCUGACCAAACUAAGUGGUCACCUUCCUACUUAACUUUCAAAAAGAAAGGACAUGUACAUUUUACGUUGUCUGGUUAUUCUGGGAUAAUGGACCUAGAUUACUUUAGUCUUACAUAUUUUUAUCUCAUUUUAUUGCUACUGAUGAGUAACAAGGUGUCAUCCCCCUAAACAAACAGAGUCGUAUUUGCUUAUACUAUUAGUUUCUUUACAGCAUGGCCCUCAACCAAUCAGCCAAUAUGCCAACCUCCAUACACAAGGGUAUAAAAGAUGGUUCUAUGAAAGAUUCUGCAAAAACAUUGGUUCCUACACAGAUAAUUGUGCACUUGUAAUAAUAUGUCAUCGCCAGCUUUUACACAUUAUGCAAGAAAAUGCCUGUCACCAUUAUUUAUUGGAAGUGACAAAUGAGGGGAAAUAGCAACACGGCAGCGAAAGCCAUUUGCCCCAUGUUGCCAAAAACCCCACUCUACGUAAGACAAAGUAGUCUCUAAUAUGUCUUAUGACAUCUAUUCAUUGCAUUUUAAUUUCAAUGAAAUUCCAACACAGUCUUUACAAGUUUUUCAUUAAGAUUCUAUGUUUAUGAAAAUCUGGUAAGCUUGAAUUUUUUUCCAACAGGCCAUAAAUAUUUUAAAAUUCCUGUGCGGCACACAGAUUGUUGUUGUCAUUAGAAAGCAUAAAGCACUGUGUUCCUGACACUGUGCGAUCCUGCUCCUGAAACUGAUAUGACGAGACGGGGGCUCAAGAUUCAGGGAAAGUGCGAUUCUCUUUCCGCAGCAACUUUCUUGGCAUAUCAGUGAUCACUAAAGGAUUGACUGUAAUAAAUGGCAGUAGCUGCCCAGGGGUGUAACUUCCACCAAACACAGGCAGACCAAUAUCCAUGUGGUUUCCUAAGAUUUAAGGUAUACAAACGCUAAACCUAACAGUAAAUUAUACACAUACAUAUAUACAUAUAUAUAUUUAUAUUUAACUCUGACUCCUGUAUUAAUGAAAAAUAAUAGCAUUGAAAAGUUCUGGGCAAUCCGCCUGACAUUACUUUUUCACAUUAUUCACUUGAUUUAGUAUGUUAUGCAUUUUUGUGUAUUUUUGUGCACACAUAGAUUGCUGCUAAAGGGGUGGUAAAGGGGCGGCCAUGGUUGCUAGAUUCCUGUCUUCACAUAUAGACAUAUUAGUUAUUGUGUUCUUUCUUUGAAUACAGGUUUCUCAACAAUGUUUAUACCAAGUCCCCUAGAGUUCCCCUUGUACUAUUGUCAUUGUUUUGUCUACUUUGCUACACAGUUAAUGCAACCCAGUAUCUAUUAUUGUAGACUUUUUGCUUUCUUAUUAUUUAAGGUAGUUAUUUUAUUUUUUGGGGGGUAUUUCAGCCUGAUUAUCACCAGAAGAGCGGUCUCUUUGUUUAAUAUUCAAUCACUCAGUGAGACCAUUAUAGCUCUUAUUGACCUUGAGGUUAGGUUAGUAGACGGCCCUGGUGAAUUGCUCCUCUCUUGAAAUACAAAUUAAAUUGUAAUUUGGGUUUAGUUUAUUUUGUCUACUCUGAGUAUUUUCCCUGAAUAGCUUUUGUUUCUGGGUAUGCAUUUACUCUAUACUGAUAACACUAUUUAGGUACCAAUGUUGUCUAUCUCCCCUUUAGUCAGCUUUCAGCCGUUUUGACUUUUUGUUGAGGCUUUUCUUUAGUGUCCCUUAAUAUAUAUAUAUUUUAUUUUAAAAUUUUUGCAAUAAAGCUGUUUCCUUAAAUUUACAUACUUGUCGCAAUGACCUUUCUGUAUUUAAUGGGUCUUAGGGCUCAUUAGACAUUUGUGUUUCUCUUCAAUUUUACUUUUUUUAGGGGUUACCCCCCUAGUUAAGGUUUCCCUCUUUUGGGGACUAGUUUUUCUCAGAAGACUUUCUUUCUCGCUCUCUCGCUCUCUCUUUGUCUCUCUAUCUCUCUCUCUCUCUCUCAUAUAUAUAUAUAUAUAUAUAUAUAUAUAUAUAUAUAUAUAUAAUGUUUGAAUAGGCUGAAAUUAGUUAGCACAGUGGCAUAGUUGCUAGGAUAUAAAAUAAUACCAGAAAAAUCCCAAGCCCUGUGUUUCACUCUGCCCCUUUCAUGUUCUCUAAAGCCAUUUGUAGUUACCUCUUACAUGACAUUCCAAACUGUAUCCAGUUUGGCAGUAUUAAAACAGAAAAUGAAGAUACAUGCAUGUUUAUUCUGACAAUAGCUUCUGAACAAAGUAUAUGAAUUGUGGGGUAUUGCUCGUUAAACCAGCUCAUCAUGCAAGCUUAGUGCUCAACAGGUGAUACAGAUAUUUCCGUAUAACGAGCACCCAGUUUUGACUUCUGUCUUAAUUAAGAGAUGUUUUCUCCUGUUUGGUCAGUUCAUGAGAGGAUUAUUGUUUUGCCGCAAACCUCUCUCCUAACCUGAGAAUGGUAUCUAUCAUGCAUUACCUCAGGAAAAAAAUAAAAUAAAAACGAAAACUUGUGAAUUCGACUGACAAGACAGGUUGCUUUGGAAACGUGGGUAGUUCCCCCCCUGUCCCCCACCCCCCUUUCCUUCCCUCCUCCUAACUCCACUAUUCACAGUUUCUAUGGCAGACCACUUGAAACGUGUCGUAUCUGAAUGAAUAUUAAAUCAAAGCUCUUCGGUUUUUCCUUUUUUGAAAAAGAGACCUUCCGAUUAACAAUGUACUGCUCAUUUAAGAUUCCCAGCCCAUGCCAGUGUUUACUGGGUUAAACAUCGCAGGUCAAGCCAUACAUAUUACAUCAAUGCACCUAUAGUAUAUUCAUGAGAAGCAGAAUUUAAAAAACUACUAAGGAAGUUGGCGUGGAAUUGUAAAAUGUAGAAAGAAAAUAUAUUAUGAAGUGUAUAGUAUAUUAAAAUUAUUGAUUUUCUAUUUACUUUUUAAAAAAAGCUAAAAUAGAAAGCCUCGAAUGUAAUAUCUAAACUAUUGUACAUAGUAAUUGACUUUAUAAAAUAACAUUUUAUGACAUAUUAUUAUUGUGUAUUCUAGAUUUAAAAAAAAUAAUAUAUUGUUAAAAUAAUUUCAUUCUUAAAUCAUGAUAGUCAAAUGGUCAAAUGAUUUGCUUUUAUAAUUAAAUUUAACAUUUAGGCUGUUUUUAGUUGCAGCCAAGCCAUGUAGCAUAAUGCAUGAAAGUUCCAUAGGUGAUAGUGCCUCACCCAGCAUUCUCUUUGAUCCAUCCACGAGGAAUAUCCAUAAUGCAUUGCUCAUAGACCAGGUGAAGCUUCACACGGGUAGCAGAAGAUGUUACCAUGAGAGUGGUGUAAUAACUACAGCUAGAGCUAAUAUAUAUAUAUAUAUUUGGUUUUUUUUUUAUAUGAAUGUAUAGGUCUGUUUUUUGGCAUCUUAGUGAGAGCUUUGACUGGCCACACUUUUAGUAACAAUAAGUGGGAGCUUUGACAUGUGCACAAUUUUAGUAGUGGAUUAUAGUGAAUUAACAAAAGAUUCUAAGACUUUAAUACUCUAAGUUCCAGAAUCAUUACAGCUUAAUGCCGUGAUUUUGGUACCUGGCCCUCUUAACCCACAAACACUGCGUUUUCUGUGAACAGUCAGUUUUUCACAAUUGUUUGUUAGGACACGUCUAGUUACUCAGAGAGACAAUACAGAUGCUUCUUAUUACAGGCCUACAAUGUUUGCAGGACCAAAAUUCAGCAUCCUCACACUCUGUAUGAAGACAACAAAUGCUUCCUGUAGAGAUACGUUUGUAUAAUGCAUACCUAUGAGGAUACACAGAUUUCUGCAAAUGUACAGUUGGCCCUCCAGUGGUUCUCUAUGGAGAAGCAUUGGAUUGUCAGUAUUGAUACUCUCAGCCAGGGGCAAAGGAAUGACCAAAGAUAAGCCAAAGUAGGGAGGGAUGAAAGGUAAGCAAAUAACUUUAUUUGAAAUGGACACUGUAGUCACAAAAACUUUAGCGUAAUGAAGUCAUUUUGGUCUAUAGAUCAUGACCCUGCAGCAGUUGCUCAAUUCUCUGCCAUUUAGGAGAUGGAUCACUUUCUUUAUGCAGCCCUAGUCACACCUCCCUGCAUGUGACUUACACAUCCUUCCUAAACACUACCUGUAAAGUGAGAUAUAAUGUUUACACUUCCUUUAUUACACAGUCUAUAUAAUUUAGAAUGUCUUAUCUCCUGCACUGUCAAUAGCUUGUCAGGCCUCCCAGGAGCCUCCUGUGUGUGAUUAAAGAUCAAUUUACAGACAUAACAAUUUCUAAAAAAGGUAACAUCUGAUUGAAAAUGAAAUUAUUAUUUUUUAUGCAGGCUGUGUGUGUGAUAGCCAGGGGAGGUGAGGCUAGGAAUGUAUUGUGACGAGACCAAUCUCGCCACUGUGCAUUGGAGGAGCCUGGUUGCCUGCCUGCUGCCUUUUGACUAUGGACCGGCAUUUAAAUACUUUAUUUUCCUAUGCAGAAAGGUCUAUUCCUGUAUUUCUGCCCUGGCGUUCGGUAGAUUCUCGGAUUUACUGAAUGAACUCCUUUAACCCAGAUAGCUAUGCCAUGGAGCCUAUUCGUGUAAUAAAAGACUUUGGCUCCAUGGCGAUUGAACUGUAUGUGUGUGGUCUGAGCGCCAUUCAGUAAUAAUGUGCACUCAGACCUAAGCUAUCUGGGGAUAUGUUGCAUGUCUGUAUUUUAUGUAAUAAAUGUAACCUUGUGUAUUUUAUUGUAUUUUACUGUCUUUUUACUGCCAUGUGCUUAAUGGAGUUUUGCCUCUGUCCUUGGAGAUAAUUGGAUUACUUCUCAAUUAUCUCCAGGAUAGAAAACUCUGUGGAACUGGUUUUGGGCAGAAAAGCCAUGCUUCAUUUGGUCACAAAGGACUUCGAUCUAUCUUUUGAACCAAUGGACCAAUUUGGAUGAUUUUGACAUAUGUUUGUAUUUGGAGUAUGCUGAUUCUGUAAGUUUUAUGUGAAUGUGAUGCAUACUUUUCAAGUUAUGAAUAAUGUGGAAAAACUGUAUUUCUCUGCCUGUAAUAAUUACAUUACCCAUUGUGUAAGGUAAUUGUAUCACAGGCAGAGGGGAGGAUUUUGUGUGGGAGUGUCUGAGUGUAUUGUACGUGUUUAUUGGUUGUUUUCCAAAACCCUGUGGGUGGUACUAAUGUGUAUAUAAGAACAAUAAACCCACAGCUCUGUCUGUUCCUGCUUGACCCUCAAAACGGAGCUUUGUCUCGUUCUUGGGGGGAUUUAUGGUAUUCUGUUCCAGUUCGACUGCUAGGAGUGUAAACCUAUUCGUAUGAUUUUUCCUAUUCGGCUGUUUACAGCAUUCAUAUGGUUCCGGUUCGGCUGUUUACAGCAUUCACAUGCUUCUCCGGUUCGGUGGAUUGGUGUCUACAGUAGCUGUGCCUGUGUCUCUGGAAGGGAAUAUCUACUAAACGGCGUUUUAACCCUUUUAUGCCUGGGGGUGCCAUUACAUGUAUAAACAGAAAUAAAAAGGUAUUUGACUGCAAAAUGGCAGAGAAAUGAGCAGUGAAACUCCAGUUCACGAUCUAUCACAUCAGAACUUCUUCAUUAGGCUAAAGUUGUUUUGGUGACUAUAGCAUUCCUUUAACUUCUAAAGGGGGUCAUGAAUCUAGAACUGAAGGAAAUAAUUUUAAUGUUAGAAAUACAUGGUUUUAUCUCUAACAUUAGAGUUUCGUUUUAUAAAAUUAAUAUAUAAACAAGCACGCACACACACACACACACACACACACACACACACACAUAUAAUGCCUAAUGUAACUAAGCUGUUAAGGUCUCCUAGUUCCUUCCAAGUUAUUUCUAAAGGCAACAGAGCUAAGAAUCUUCACACAGUGAAUGACCUUUACAAUAGCAUUAAGAUCUCCCAGCAUAAUAAAAGAACAGUGGGUUUCGGAGAAGUUGAGCUCUGUGUGAGAUUUUACAAAAAUGCUCCCUACUCUUAACUGACAGUUUUUAUUCUGUAUUAAGGUCAACCAAACUACACAGAGAACAAUGUUUCCUAUUUAAUAUCAGCAUUUACAGGCAGUUAGACUAAAUAAACUUUGUGACUUAAUUCAUAGAAAAUAAUGUUAGUAUAAUGUUUGAUUGUAGGUAGGUAAUAAAUGGAAAUGGGGAGAAGCAAACAAAAAAAGUCACUUAUUUUAAUUCAGUAAAAGGAAAUAAAGCAACUGAGUUAAUAGUGACUUUUAUAACUAAUGUUAACAGUUGAAAUAAAGUAAGUUUGCGAAAGUGUUUAAUUGCAGCGUUAAAUAAUAAAUUAUAUUUGGAUUAUUACAUUUUAAAUAGUAAAAAUGUUGAAUUCAUUGUCACAUAGAGCAAAAAAAAACUAACAUGUCAAUUUACCUCCAUGUCAAAAAAAGUAUCAAUGUGUAUCUCAAAUAAAAAAAUAAAAAAAUCUUAGAGCAAGUACCAAAACUACCAAUAGACAUGCAUCAAACUCACAUUGCCAGUUUGUAUUUAAUACAUAAAUUAAGGGAUAUCUGCAAUGAGAUACAAAGCUGAUGUGCAGUAAAUCCUACCCCUGUGCUAAGCAUUCAUAGAAUCUGGCAAGACUUAAGGUAUCCAGCAAAUGGUCGAUAUAUCACCCCUGAAAUACCAGUUCAAUAUAUGUUAAAUCACGUAUUGGAUUCAUUCUUUACACAUCAAUUUGCAGCAAAUUAAAAACUAAUGUUAGGUCUCAAUUUAAUAUUUGAGGAUAAGCUUUUUGAAUUAUUGAAUAUUCUUGGAUAAACUUUUCAAAUUAUUUUUGCAUAAUAUCAGAAAAUAUAUAAUAUUAAAAAAUAUAUCUAUAUAUAAAAAUAUUGCCAAAAUAUUACAUUUUUUUUUAAAGUUUAUUCAAAAUUAUUCAAUCAUUUGUAAUGCUUAUCCAGAAAUAUUCAAGUGAGGCCUUAAUGGCCAAUUAGGCAACAAUAGUCAAUCUGUGACCAAUAAGUUGUUUCAAGUUUAGUAAUGUUGGUUUAGUUUAGUGACGUUUAGUGAAUUCUUCACUGUCAAUGAUUAACACUGAUGAAAUUAACAUUGCAGUUUACUGGAAUACACAGUAUUAACCUCAAAUCAUAUGCUAUAUGAGUACAAUGAGAGUGAUGAGUGUUACCAUAAAUAAGGGUUGUCUUUAACAUUGAUUGGACCCUGGGAAAGCAUUUGCUUGUGCCUCCUGGAUCCUGCUUCCCCUCCCCACACAGACACACACUUCCCACUUCCACCCCCUGGCAUGCAAUCACCCCCUCCACCCCAACACAGUGGCAGAACUAAUGUAGAGAGGGCCCUAGUGCAAGACAUUUUUUGGGACUCUCCUCUAGGGUGGAGAUAGAUCCUCAUCUGUUGUACAAUUCUUAUGAUGCUAUGCCAUCUGGGGAUCAACCAUUUAGCCAUUCUUGCAGGGUUGUAUUUGUGAGCAGUGUUUUUUUACAUUUGAAUGUGAGCAUGUUGUUGUAUAGAGUAUGUGUGUGCAUGUAGGAUGUAGUGUUGGUGUUUGAGUUAAGGGGUGUGUUUCUAUAUACUUUUUGAGUUUGAAUUCAGGGGUGUGUUUGUAUGUAAUGUUUGUGUUUGCAGGAGUUUGUUUGCAUGUUGUGUUUGAUUGCUCGGAUGUAGGAAAUACAUUCACAGAUAUACAUACACAUUAGCACACAGAUACAUGCACACAUCUGGACACAUGCACACACUGACACAAACAAACCAGCAUAUACACACAGAGACACAUACAUACACACACACACAUGCACACACACAGAGAUAAAAAUACUGGCACAUCCACACACAGAGAUAUACAUUUACACACACUGACACAGAUAUGUACACACAUUAAGAUACACACAGACACACGGGUACACAUGCAGGGGUGUAUCUGUGUGCAGUGUUGGUGUAGGAAUGCUGGGAUGUAUGCAUUGCCACACACAGGCACAUACUGAAAUACACACAGGAACACAAAUACACAUUCAGUAGUGUAUUUGUGUGCAGUGUUAGCUUUGGAAUGCAGUGGUGUAUUUGUGUGCAGCGUUAGCAUUGGAAUGUUGUAGUGUAUUUGUGUGCAGUGUUGGUACUGUAAUGAUGGGGUGUAGGCAUUGCCACAUGCAUAGAUACACACUUACACAAACUGACACUCAUAUACACACAAAGGUACACAUACACAGAUACGCAGGUACACAUACAAACUGACACACAAGUACACAGACACAGGUAUACAUACACACAGAUACACAUAAACACUGACACAAAGGUACACAUACACUGACACAAACACAGCCAGAUAUACACACACUGACACAAACACAGCCAGAUACACACACUGACACUCACACAGCCAGAUACACACACAGCCAGAUACACACACUGGCACACACAGCCAGAUACACACACUGACACACACAGCCAGAUAUGCACACUGACACACACAGCCAGAUACACAGACACACGCAGCCAAAUACACACACUGACACUCACACAGCCACAUACACAUACCCGGAUAUACACACACACACACAACCAGAUACACACAUUGAAACACAUACAGUCAGAUACACACACUGGCACACACAGCCAGAUACACACACACACAGUCAGAUACACACACAGACACAAACACAGCCAGAAACAUACAUACAGUCAGAUACACACACUGACACAAACACAACCAGAUACACACACAGCCAGAUACACACAUACAGCCAGAUACACACACCCAGUUACACACAUACAGUCAGAUAAACACACAUACAGUCAGAUACACACAUACAGCCUGAAACACACACCCAGAUACACACAUACAGUCAGAUACACACAGAUACAGUCAGAUACACACACACACACAAAUAUCAAUUUACAUAGUUUAGCCACCCUCCGGUCUCCUUACCUUUACAAAAGGGUGGCUUCCUUGGGGUCCAGUGGGAGCUGGAUGGCUGAGGUUGAUGGAAGAAUGAGGAACAUGGCUACCACAGCCCCUCUCCUCCUCCUUCUGAUUGGUGUGUGCCUCCUACUUCUACAUGUGUGGUUCCUCCUCCCCAGUGGCACUCUGUUACUUGGAAGAAAGUGAUCUCACCUCACUUCCUCCUAGCAGGCAGGAAGAAAGGGGCUCGCUCCGGAGCACUCUUAAAGGGCCAGAGGGGCCCUAUGUACUUCACCUGCCGAAGCCCUCCUCGAAAUUUCUCAGUAUCCCGUGGGCUGUUCAGUCCUGGUUGCAGGCAGAGGCUUCACGAGGCAGCUGCUUUGGGCCCCCCGGGAGUUAUUGGGCCUGGGGCAGCUGCCCCGUUUACCCCGUGUUAAAGAUGGUCCUGCCAUAAAUCAUUGGCUAAAGAAGCACUUAGAAAACACCAAGUGUUAUGCAUACAAAUUCAUUUUCCCCUUUUAAAUUCAGCCCUGUGAGUUGAUUUCACAAAGGUUGAGAGUCCUAGUUACCGCAUGGAAACAUUUUUCUGUUUUUUUUUUUUUAUGCGAAAAGAAGAAUGCUUUUGAUAAAUAUUUGGGCUUUAGCAGCUGUAGUUAAAGAAUGUGGUGUCCUGAAUUGGAAAAGCACACUAACAGGGUAAUGUACAAAGUGAGAAUUUGGAGUAUCUGAACCAAAAAAUAAUUGACUUAGAGCAUUUUUUUAAGUUUGGCUAUUUUGACCUGGAAGGUUUACUCCGACCACCACGACCAGUGAUUUGAAGUUGUCAUUGUGGUAGGAAUCUGUAUGUGCAGAGAUACCCAUAUCACCUACAGCCAUAUCUCGUCUAGAAAUAUCACCUAACUUAAACCUGCAUAUUUAGUAAUACAUAAAAAGUUUUAUUCAAAGGGCACUUAUAUAAAACAUCUGUUGUGUAAUAUCAUCCCCUAUCAUGCCUGGCAACUGCAAUGGUGAAAGAGCCUCAGGGGAGUUGACUUAACACAACAGUUAGACAUUUAUAUUUAGGAAACACUGCACAAUAAUAGUUAAAAGCUUGAGAGAGUCCAUAGUACCAACUUGUUUGAAAAUAAGCAAUGGUGACUUUGGUGUUUCCAGCAGGGCCGUCUUUAAUAACGAAUGGACCCUGGGCAAGUGUUUGCUUGGGCCCCCUGGGCCCUGCCGCUCUCGCCCCUCACUCCCUGGUAUGCAAUCACGGCAUCCAUCCCAACGCAGUGGCGGUACUAAAGUAGAAUGAAUUUUAUUGGGACCCCCAAUUGCAAGGUUGGACUAAAGGUGGAACCCCAUCUGUCGUGCAACUCCAACAAUGCUUUGACAGCUGGGACUCUACCAAUUUCCCAUGCUUGCAGGGUUGUAUUUAGCACUGAGCCAUGUUUGUAUGUUUGAAUGUGAGCAUGUGUUUGUAUGGAGUAUGUUUGUGUGAAUGUGUUUGUAUGUGGUACUGGAGUUUGAAUGCAAGUGUGCAUUUAUGUGUAGUGUUUGAAUGUAGGAGUGUGCUUGUAUGUAGUGUUGACGUUUCAAUGCAGGAGUGUGUUUUAUAUGUAGUGUUGAAGUUUGAAUGGAGGGGUGUAUUUGUAUUUAAAUUUGCGGCUCAGAUGCACAGGUACACACUCUGACGCACAAGCAGAUACACAGAUACAUACACUGACUACAUACAGAUAAACAGGCACAUACACUGACAGACAUACUGACACAGGUACAUAUAUUGACACACACACACAGACACAUACACUGCUAGACGUACUGACAGACAUACUGACACAGGCACAUAUACAGACAUACUGACACACAGACACAUAUACCGACAUACUAACACACACACACAGACACAUACACUGAUCAACAUACUGACACACAUACACUUUCAGAAAUACUGACAGAUAUACUGACACCCACAUACACUGAGAAAUACUGACACACACACACAGGCGCAUACACUGACACACACAGACUGAUAUACUGACACACACACAGACAUACUGGCACACAGACAGAUAUACUGACACAUGCAUACACAUGCACUAACAGACAUACUGACGCACUGACAGACAUACUGACACACACACAUAUAUACUGACACACAGACAGACAGACAUACUGACAUGCACACACAGACAUACUGACACACACACAGACAGGCAUACUGACAUGCACAGACAGACUGACACACACACACAGACAUAUUGAAACACACACACACAGAUAUACUGACACACAGACAGACAUACAUACUGACAAAAACACACACAGACAUACUGACACACAGACAGACAUACAUACUGACAAAAACACACACAGACAUACUGACACACAGACAGACAUACUGACACACAGACACUAACACACACACUAACACACACAAACACACACACACUAACACACACACACUAACACACAAACACACACUAACACACUAACACACAUACACAAACACACACUAACACACAUUUUUUUUUAAAUGUAAUCCCCCCAGCCUCCUUACCUUUUGGAGUGCUGGGGGGAUUCCUUGGGGUCCAGUGGCCCUGCUGACCCCGGCGGGCGGGUGGCCGGUCGGGCAGGAAGGCGGGCGCGUGAGGGAGCACUCACUGCUUCCUCUUCAGCUCCCUCGCGCGCCGCGUAGGGAUGCCGGCGCCGGAAGAUGACGUCAUCUUCCGGCUCCGGUAUCAGUGCGGUGCGCGAGGGAGCUGAAGAGGAAGCACUGAGUGCUCCCUCGCGCGCCCACCUGCCCGACCGGCCACCUGCCCACCGGGGUCAGCAGGGCCAGCCUCGGGGGGCCCUGGGGUGGCCGCCUCCUGGGCCCCCCCAGGGGAAGAGGCUGGCCCUGUGGCUACAUACCAGGGUCGCAGCCGCGACCCUGGUAUGUACGUCACUGCCCUAAGUGCAUGGGCCACCCGGUGGGACGGGAAAAAAAUUAAUUGAUGAGGCAGCGGGGCCCACGGGGCAGGUGCCUCGGGCCCCCCAAGAGAAACUGGGCCCGGGGCAGCUGCCCCGUUUGCCCCGCGUUAAAGACGGCCCUGGUUUCCAGACAGACUCACAGCAAGUAACACAAAAAUAUUUCAUUUCACUGUGGGUUUGUAGACAUUAAGCCUGAAACCAUGGACCCUGGAGCUGUCAAGUUACACAGGUUCUGUUAACAGAAAGCCUUAUAAAGACCAAAGAACAAGGAAGUUAGUAAGGCAAAGCUAUUUGUCAAUCAUUUAACAUAAUGUAAUGUUCUUUCACCCCACCAUGACCUGAGUGUAUGGAGAGGGGGCUACUCACAAAGCUGUCCUGCUAAUAGAUGCUGUUGAAUGUUUAAUGCUUGUAUUUUUGGUAGAAGAUCCAAAGCUUGUUGGUUCUUUCCCACUAGGGACCAAGGGAGGCCAAAAAGAUAAAUCCCUAUUACAAUCCAAAUUAUUCUAUGCCAGACAAAAAUAUCAUGGGAACUGUAGUCCCAAGGGCCCACUUUUUGGUGUACCCUGAUAUACACAUUCAAUAGUGUAUAUAAACAAUACCUUGCCAGAGUGUGUGUAUUCCAUACAAAUUUUCAUUAUCUCGGACAGGCUCCAUCAAUAUUUUGGAAUGGCUCUGUCAUUGAGUUCUAUGUAUAAAAAAUAUUGGUAAGGUAAUAAAACAGCACUAGUUUCAUAUUUGUUUCUUGAAUGAGACUGUUUUUUACUGCAGAAUUACAUACCCCACAAAUCCUUGAAUGACACACUGAGAGGAAAAUAUUUAGAUAUAUUUUAUGCCACAAUAGAAGACAUGUUUGUUAAAGCCUUUGCAAAACGGUUUGUCCCAUUACCUGAAAACACGACCUGGGUAGUUUUGGCAUCAGCGGACUGUAGUGGUUAAGAUGCUUGGAGUGAUCCAUCAAUGCACUAAAGUGGCUUAAUGGCUAUUAGGACAAACAGAUACAGAUCUGGUGGGCUAAUUUUUCAAUUCAUUCCAGUUACAGUUUUAUGCUAAAUUCCCUGAAAUGUCAGUAACAUAAAUAGAUAGACAGACAGAUUGAUCAAUAGAAAAAUCAGUUUCCUUUUAAGAGUGGUUCAGAGCAGUGGUUGCCAACCCAGGCACAACAAAAAGAACAGAUUUUGUUUGCAUCCACCUAGACACAGAACUCAGUAAAUAUCUAAAUGCUGAACUGUCCGUGUGGCUUGACAACAUCAUUUUUUAGUUAAUUUUGCUAAACAGUUAUUGCUUAACGAGUAGAACUUUUUUCACUUGUUGCUAGACGAGACAGGGGGGAUAUGAUAGAAACAUUUAAAUACAUAAAGGGAAUCAACACAGUAAAGGAGGAGACUAUAUUAAAAAGAAGAAAAACUACCACAACAAGAGGGACAAAGGUUUAAAAAUAAUAUCAGGAAGUAUUACUUUACUGAGAGGGUAGUGGAUGCAUGGAAUAGCCUUCCAGCUGAAGUGGUAGAGGUAAACACAGUAAAGGAGUCUAAGCAUGUGUGGGACAGGCAUAAGGCUAUCCUAACUAUAAGAUAAGGCUAGGGACUAAUGAAAGUAUUUAGAAAAUUGGGCAGACUAGAUGGGCCGAAUGGUUCUUAUCUGCUGUCACAUUCUAUGUUUCAACAAGAACAACGUGUGUAAAGUAAAGGCUAUGUGCACAGCUCUGUGUGAGCAUUAAAACCUUUCACUGCUUGAUUGCUUAUAUUAGCACAGACAAGACUUUGAGAUGUGGCAAACUGCACACACCAUUAUUUGGGAAACUCUUUGUCAGUGACAGUGAGGAAGUUUCGUUCUCAGCAAAAGUGAUGACGCUGACAAAAUUCAGGCAAGCUCAGUCAAUUAUCUCUAAUAGCUCUUGUAUACGGUACUUUCAAAACUUAUUAUGAAAUUCUCAAAAUGUAAAUGCAUAUCCGUUAUACAUUGCUUAUCAAGCUUGCAGAAUAAAUGUGUGUGUCGGGAUUCUUUUUUUCAGGUGUGGAAAAAGCUCUUGUUUGGACUUUGCUUUUUCCACGCACUUGUCCAAGAACGACGUGCCUACGGGUCUCUUGGAUGGAACAUAUCAUACGAAUUCAAUGAUGCUGACCUCAAAAUCAGUGCUAAGCAGCUUCAGGUGGGUUUCAAUAAAGAAUGCAAAGUGUUACAAAAAUCAAUUAUUUUCAUAAAAAUGCAUAGAUUUCAAAGGAGUGAUGUUCAGAAUUACUCUGCUGGCUGCAUGUACUCAACCAUUAAAAAAACAAAAAAAAAUACUCCUAAGGAUUUAUUUACAAAAAUUGUUUGUUUGUUUUUUAAGUCUGUACUCCACUGUGAAUCACUUUAAAGUUUCUGUUUCUUUAGUAGCUCUUUGAACUUUUCUGCGGUGAAUUAUCUUGAGCUAUCAACAUACCUGAAAAAAAUAUUAUAAAAUAGAAGAGAUUAAACAGACAAUUACAGAAUAACUCGCUGUUUUGCAGAUAAAUCCAUCUUCGUUCCAAUCAUGUUAAAUCACAAAUUAAAACAUUAGAAAUAAAAUAAGAAAAACGAAAUCAGCAAUAAAACAUAGCUCCCUGAAAACAUUUGUGACAGGCAGAACCGAACCAGUUUGCCUCCAUUUUGAAUCAGCAUGCAGUCGUAUACACUCUCUUCCCAACCUCUUAUGGACAUUAUCCACUCCCAAAGCCUCAUUUAUACUACCCGCCACAAGAUUCUUAUUGAAUUCUUGGUUCUCAUGGCGCGCAACAAUAUGCCCCCCCAAGGAACUACUUUUCUUAGCUCCAUUAGCAGCCCUUUCAACAAUCUCACCAGACCUUCCCUUACACCAAUGGUCGGUACAGGGCAUUACCCAUGUUCAUUCCCUAUUCAAUAAUAAUGGUGUACUUCCCUUUCCCGAAUUGCAAUCCUCCCAUGAUCUACCGUCCAGAGACAUCUUUCUAUACCUGAGAGUGAAACACAUCCUAAUAUCUAAGGUAAUAGAAUAUAUGGACCUAGCAUCACUAAGCAAACUAGGACGUAAAUGGUAUAUAACCAAAAAAACGCUACCCUCACCCAAAUUACCAUCACUCUGCUACUUGGCACAAAUGGGCAUUAGAGACACUAGCAAACUGCCUUACAUGCUCAAAUGGGAAGAGGACUUGGGAGUGAUGGUCCCUAUAUCCGACUGGGAAAUGGCCAUUAACCACACCAAACAGUCCUCAAAUUGUGUCACACAUUGGGAAGCCUACUUCAAGAUACUAAUGAGAUGGUAUAUGGUUCCUAGUAGACUCAGCACAAUUUAUCCCACAACAGAUUCUAUUUGCUGGAGAUGCAAAAUAGGAAAGGGCACAUUAAGACACAUUUUCUGUGACUGUACGAGAAUACAGCCUUUCUGGGUAAACAUACAAUUGACAAUACGCACAAUGAUAGGUCUAAAAAUUCCGCUCACACCAGCUGGUUACCUCCUACAUCUAAUACCCAACCUGGGUGCUAUCCCAUCUAGAGCUGCUGUUAUUAAUACUCUUUUGGCAGCAAAAAUAACUAUUGCUUUCCACUGGAAAAGCGACAUUUGCCCUUCUACAUUAGAGGUGCUCAGCAGAGUCAAAACCACAUACCAUCACGAAAAAGAAUGGGCUAAAAGGGGCAAUGUGGAAAGUUUCCAAGACAAAUGGUAUGACUGGGAGCCUUUUUACAAUCAAUACACUACAUAAUUGGGAAUAUUAACUGGUCUCACUACAAAGCUGCCAUCUCUGGCUCCAAUUGGCACAAAUAACCAGCAUAACCAAACCUAUUCUUUAGUCCUUUUCGUACUCUCCUGUUUCCCCUUACCUAUCUUACCCUAAUCCCACUUGCUACUCUAAGCCUCAUAACUUGACGGCUCUCCCAUCCCUCUCCCUCAAUCCCAUGUGGGGUGAAUGAAUGAACCCUAAAUUUAUAUUAGUGAAACCAUACGCUCUCCACAACAGGCCACAGUAUCCCAUGAGCAUAGUCAAGAAACAGAUCAAAACUGGUGCACAACCCAACCUAUGUCCCUUCUAAGAUGGGUUGAAGGGUGUACUAUGUCACUACAACAGUACAGUUGGGAAAUAUAUAAGGCACGCCAGUUGUUGGAAUGUAAUGAUGGGUAAAUUAGAAUGCAAUCCACAAUAUCGGAAUGUACAGACACGCAACAUCACGGUUACACAAAGGUCCAACAGCAGUUUAAGCUUGCAGAAUCUCAUGAUAAACUGUUUGUAACCAUAUCUGUUUCUGUAUGUGUGAUAUGUAAUACACUAUUACUAGACUAUGUUUUGUUCAUUUCAUCUCCCUCACUGCCAAUAACCUUUGCUGUUAUGUUUUUAUACAUGCAAACCAAUAAAAACUAUAUAAUGAAAAAAAAAGAAUAACUAACUUACAGUAUACAUUAUGUUCAAGGACAUGGUAUAUGUUUGGGAUGUUGCACAGUUUAGAAUUUGCUGGACAAGCAGAACACAGGGUAAACCAUGACAAAUGGAUGACGAACAUUACAAGAACAUUUUUUAAAAGAUUAGUUGAGAGUUAAAAUAAAAAAAAGAAAGAAAGAGAGAGAAAUAUUUGUGGUGUCAAGCUAAAGUUAUUACUUGGUAAACAGCGCCAUCAGGGGGCAAUUAAAGAUUAUUGCAAUAUCACGAUUAACUUAUUUUUUUGAGACACAUUAUAAAGCAUAGCUCUGAGGGUUUUUGAUAGUAAAUUAAUUUCAAUUAGCUCAUUCUUACGUUAAAGUUUAUUCUUGUACUGUGCCCAUCUAGACAUACGGUAUGCUUUACUGGUUUAGUAAUGGAACAAAAUUUCCAUAUAGUGAUGCUAUAUCCAGUGUGUGAAAAUGGUCUAUGUUCAGUCUUCAAUUUAACUUUACGUUGACAUAUUUCCUGUUGAACUAUACUUAAAUAGAGAUGUUGCGAACUGUCCGCCAAACUGUUCGCAAACUGUCCGCCGGCGAACAAUAGCGUGUUCGCGUUGGGCGAACAUAUCCGAUUUCCGGUCCGCCCCCUAUACGUCAUCAUUGAGUAAACUUUGACCCGGAACCUCACAGCCAGCAGACACAUUCCACCCAAUCAGCAGCAGACCCUCCCUCCCAGGAAGUGUCUGCUGACUGUGAGGUUCCGGGUCAAAGUUUACUCAAUGAUGACGUAUAGGGGGCGGACCGGAAAUCAGAUAUGUUCGCCCAACGCGAACACGCUAUUGUUCGCCGGCGGACAGUUCGCGAACAGUUCGGCGGACAGUUCGCGACAUCUCUAUACUUAAACUCUAAAUUUCCAUUAAAGAGAUCCAAGUGAAUAGACCAAAAUUUAUGGUGUUUAAAACAUUGUAUUUAUCCCCUAGGGAGAGAAUGCAAUCUAAUCCAUACCUUAAUGUAUAGAUUUCCUAAACUAAGAUGUAUACUAAUCAAAUUUAUAAGAUUUAUUUAGCCAAGAAGUCUGAUGUUCUUGUUGUGACAAUUUUGGUCAGUCUAUUAUUUCUUAAGUACAUUGGAGUAGAAGUAGGUAUUGUUUUAUUAUUAUUUUCACAUACAUAAAUACUUACCAAAGUAUCAUAGGUAUGAUUUAAGUAUGUACUAUAUGUAUCUAUUUAUUUUAUAUUAACGGGCAAAUCAAGUUUUAGAAUCCCAUAAAGCAUGGUGAUAUUAUUCCUGCCAUAAUUGCUCAUAUUGAACCCCAUGUAGUCUGUAGUCCCUAAUCUUGGACUGAACUGAAACAUACAUAUGCCAGGAUGCCUGAGACUGUUGGAGUUACACUCUUGAGCAUCGCCUACAAUAAUUUUAAUGACAGCAGCUGAAAUAGCAGUCAUUUGGAAAUAUAACUCCCACAUUCUCAGAUAGCAUUGGGACAUGUAUGUGUUGCGCCCAGUCUUAGAGUGACUUUCUGACUUGUGUUUUCUGAUUUGUAGUUCGGCCAUUAGUUCUUUGUUGUUUAUACAACUGAACAUUAACCGUAUAGAUAAGAUCUCACAGUACCCAGGAUUCCAUUCCAUUAACGCCGUUAUUAUUUCCCCUACCAUCCCUCUCCAUGAUAAAUUAUAGUAAUAUAGCAGAGGCCUAGUUACUGGAGGAGCUGGGGUCACAAUGACAUGACAAUCAUCUAUUAUCUUGGAACAGAAACAUUCUUAGAUGCCCUACACAUUAAUGUAGUUUGUAAAACCACCACCCACAAUACUCCAAAAACGGUUUCUAAGUCAAACCAAACCUGCUCAGGGUAAGAGUGGAUAGCAUGUGCACACAUUGUAAUGAAUCAUGAAUACAUGUGUUAGUGGGUGGUCUACCUGAUAUGAUUCAUUGGGCUGAUGUUCAAAUGUUAUAUUUGUUUUAAAAACAAAUAUGGGGGACAGGUAUUUUUCAAUAAUGCAAUAUUAUUAUUUUUUUUACUGGGUUACUUAGAUUGAUGUAUAUAUUUGCUCUAGAUGUUUCUCAAUGAAUAUGAUCACGCGCCACUUGAUGCUAUCAGUUAUCUUACUGGAGAAUGCAACUAUGGCGGAAGGGUAACAGACAAUCAUGACAGGCGCCUUCUUCUAAGCUUGCUUGACACAUUUCUCUGUGAUGCUGUGAUUUCUCAAGACAACUACAAAUUUUCUCCCAGUGGCAAGUAUUUUACCCCAAAGGAUGGAACUCAUGAAAGCUAUCUAGAAUACAUCAAAAGCCUGCCUCUUAACACUGAUCCACAGGUACGCAUAUAUCUUUUUAAUUAAAAAAUAAGUUUAUAAACAAAUAUAACUACUGGAAUUGUUCUUAUGAAUUAUAUCCAUGUUUCAGUUGCAUAGUUGCUCAUGUUACAGAAGACUAUAUAUUUAAUAUAGUGCUGUUUGCAAAUGUUUAUUUAAUUAUCACAAAUGAGCACCAGUGCAUUGAUAUGCAUUCAGACUCAGAAAAAAAACACUUUAAUAACAGACAAUAUUCAAAUUAUGUAUAAUAUGUGGAAAUUAACUUCCCUUUACUGGAUACCCAAUUCUAUGUGAAACAAGAAAAGAGAAUGUUUAGGUAGAGGCGUAACUAGAAAGCACGGAGCCUCCGUGCGAAAAUUUCCCUGGGCCCCCUCCAUAUGUGUAACCUCCACCCCACACGUCCCCGCACCCUGCCACACAUGCAGACACACACACACUGUCAUGAAGACACACAUGUGUAGACUCACAUAUACAUACAUACAUACACACACACAAACAUACAGACACACACACAUACAUACAGACGCACAUACACACACAUACAAACAUACACACAGAGACCCAUACAUACAGGCACACAUACAUACAUACAUACAUACAGACAGACAGACACACAUACAUACACACAGGCAUGUAGACACACAUACAUACAUACACACAUACAUACAUACAUACAUACAAACACACACAUACACACUUACAUACAGAGACACAUACAGACACACACACACACACACACACACACAUACACAUAGACAAACACCCACACAUACAGACACACACACACAUACACACAGAAACACAUACAUACAGACACACACACAGAGACACAUACACACAGACACACACACAUACAUACAGACACACACACACAUACACAGAGACACUUACACACAGACACACAUACAUACAUACAUACAUACAAACACACACACACAUGCAGACACACACACACACACACACACACACACAUGUAACAUGUUUAAGUCACCCUCCUGUUUCCUACCUUUUAGAUGCAGGAGGGUGACUUCCCUGGGGUCCAGUGGUGACUUAGCCUGAUGGGAGUCAGCAUUCCCACUCUGACUCCCUCCUCUCUUACUUCCGUGCGGCUCCCGGUGGUUGCUGGGAGGAAGUGACAGGGGCAGUCACUUCCUCUCUGUGCUCUGAUAUCAUCUCAGGGGGCCCGGUCGCGCUGUUAAAGCGCCACAUUGCUGACUGGGCUCUCUGGAUAUUCAUUGCUAUCGGGUACAGUGGCGGAUCCAGGGGGGGGGCAACGGGGCAAUUGCCCCCCCCGAGAAAUCCGCCGGUCUCCCUCUCCCUCCCCUGCCAGCAUGGCAGGCAAUGUGCUGAGAGCCGGCGGGGGAGGGAGGGGAAGUGAGAGAGGACCCGGAGCUCAGUCUGCAGCUCCUCCGGGUCCUCCUCUCGUGAGAUUUGAAGCAUUGCCGCGGUUACCACGGCAACGCUCCAAAUCUCGCGAGAGUGAACUCUAGCCCGGGAGCGCGGGCUAGAGUUCACUCUCCACACUGGGACCACCAAUGAAUCGCCCACCGGACCACCAGGGAUCGAAAUAUGUCCCCCCUCCUCCCCAGUAAAGGUAAGAAGGGAGGGGGGACAUAUUUCGGAUAAAUAAUUAAAUUAAAAAAUUAAAUUCGAAUUAAAUUAAAAAAAAUAUAUAUUAUAAAAAAAAAGCCACAGACACAUACAUUGCCCCCAAUAAUACUGCCCCCCCAUACACACACACUGCCCCCCCAUUCACACAAACUGCCCCCCCAUACACACAAACUGCCCCCAUACACACCACUGCCCCCAUACACACAACUGCCCCCACUACACAACUGCCCCCAUACACACACACACUGCCCCAUUCACAAACUGCCCCCCAUACACACACACACUGCCCCCCAUACACACACUGCCCCCCAUACACACACACUGCCCCCCAUUCACACACAAAUUGCCCCCCAUACACACAAACUGCCCCUAUACACACAAACUGCCCCCAUUCAUGCAAACGGCCCCUAUACACACACACAAACUGCCCCCAUUCACACACACACACUGCCCCCCCAUACACACACACUGCCCCCUAUUCACACAAACUGCCAAGUUCCCCAUACACACAAACUGCCCCCCCAUACACACAAACUGCCCCCAUUCACACAAACUGCCCCCAUUCACACAACUGCUCCCCUAUCUACACACACUGCCCCCCUACACACACACUGCCCCACAUAUACACACAUAUUGCCCCCCAUACACACACACUGCCCCCAUACACACACACUGCCCCCAUACACACGCACUGCUCCCCCAUACACACGCACUGCUCCCCCAUACACACACUGCUCCCCCAUACACACAUACUGCCCCCCAUACACACAUACUGCCCCCCACAUACACACACUGCCCCCCAUACACACACACUGCAACUGUUACACACACACACUGUCCCACACAUACACAGCAUCCCUGACAUACACUGCCGCCCUCACUCACACACUACAACCUUCACACACACACUGCACCCCUUACACAUUGCACCACUCACAUACACCACUGCUCCUAUGCCCUACUACAGCCCCAUUUCCCAGCAGAUCUCAGGUAAGUUGUCAAACUGUUCUUAACCAGUUUGACUACUUACUGUGGGAGGGGGUCCCGGCACUAUUGACACCAUAACCACUACACUGAGCUGUAGUGGUUAUUGUGUCUGGAUUAUUUCUUUAAAUAAUCUACAAGUGCCCCCCCCGAGAUCAGGCUCUGGAUCCGCCACUGAUCGGGUAGCCCUAACAGCGUUGGCUAACUGAUCGGCCCUUUAACGUGUGGCCUUUGCGGGUAAACAGGGCUGCCAGGCACCCUGGAGUGACGGGCCUAGUCGCAGCUGCGCCCCCUGCCCACGCCGUAGUUCAGCCACUGCUUUUAAGGGAAAAUUCUAAAAGUGGAACAGUCAGCAACUUUAGGGUGGUAAAUCAGGACUGCUUUAUAAACACAACCUAUAGGUAUGAAAUACAUUACAGCUAAACAGAUAUUAUUGUGAGUGGAAAAUGUUACAAAUUCAUAGACAUUCAGUUAGUUUCAACGGCAAUUACCCCUUAUUUACUUCUUUUCCCCAAAAUUGCAUCUGAUUUUGUUGCCAUGAUUCAGAUGUGUGGAUAUUGGGUAUUUAAACCAGUUGUAGCACUUUCUUCCCUGAAUUCUUUACCUUGCUCUCCUAGUAAAUAAUUUGCUUAGCUUGGGAAAAACAAGAACGUUUCCCAAAGUAGAGUAACCUCACCAUGAUGUAGGCUUCUCUGCUUACAUGGUACAUUGACAUUUGAACAUAGGCUCAUGUGUCACUUUGAACAUAGGCUCAUGUGUCACUCGAUUCCUAGAUAAAGUGGAAGGUGCUUGUGUUCCAUGUAUGAAUUCUAUGUAUGAAAAGAUAAACAGAAAACCUGCAGUUGGCAAGUAGUCAUUAUUUUUCACCAUCAAUUAGUCCUUGUCAUACAACUGCAAUUAUUUACAUAAAAGACACCAUUAAUCUACAUAUUCAAGUGAAGAGCAGUACUCUUGGUAGCUGAACAUUUCCAACAUCAAAAACUCUUUAAAUGUGCCUGUGUGUGGCGCUGUGGGAUAAGAAAACAAAAAUAUACACUUAAAGCGAAAAUUAGAUACUGUAUACAAACGUAUAAAAAGUAUGCUUCUGGGUGUACUAUUUUUAUUUUGAAUAUUCCAUUUAUUAGUGCAUUCAUAUUUAUCCCCUGAAACACAUCACAUAUAUGUAUGUGUGGGAGGAAAAGGGGGAGGGGUACAAACAUAACCAAUACUUAAAAAUCCAAACUGUAGCAAACUGAUAUCCACAAGCAAAAUUUAUGUAAAGAUUGUAGAUGUGGAAAAAUGUUCCAACUCAUCUAAAGUUGCAACGUGGUUAUUUGCUCCUGAUUUCUGCUAUUAUAACUUUAUUUACUACAGUUUGGGCCAUAGUGAAUAACUCUAAAUACUCGUGUACCUGAGGCAAAAGUAUUUGUAUCGUAAUUAAUAUGUUUUCUACAGGUAUUUGGACUACACGACAAUGGAAAUAUCACUAAAGAGCAGAGGGAGACAGCAGAAUUGUUUGAUGGGAUUUUAACAACAUUACCAAAACAGGUAGUUUUUGCAUUAGAAUAUAAUUUUGUCUGAACUCAAUAUAGCACAGAGGGGCUGUUGAAGGGGCAAAAGAGACAGACUGGGGCUUGCGAGAGAUACCUAGAGGAGCUAGGAGGACACAAAGUGACACAGAGGGGCUGGGGAAGGGGCAAAAGAGACAGUCUUUAACUAAACCCAUUUGAUUGUAGUUGUGUCGACUAAAAUCUACUGGAGGUUUAGUCGACUAAAAUCUACUGGAGGUUUAGUUGACUAAAACUAGACUAAAACAAAAACAAACCGGAUCACAAAAAUACGACUAAAACUAAAAUGGCGUUUUAGUCAAAAGACUAUGACUAAAACUAAAUUUAAAUAUGUUACCAUAUUUAACACUGAUGUACACGCCAAACAGUGAAAAUAUUAACUUCUAAUGACCUUUUUUCACGUCAUGCUUAAUUUUCUUAUAAAGUUAUAUUAAUAUUUUAGCAAAUUACUUCCCAAUCCGGUUAAGACCAAGCACAGCCUGGGUAAACACUGUAAAAUAAUAGGAGAAACAGUAACAUUUGGGAGAGAUUUAUGAACUUGAAUAAAUGAAUAUAAAUGAGUAAAAGUGGGACAAUCAACUUGGAAACAAGUAAAACCAGCAGUUUCGAUUGGUGACUCUUCUCCUUGAAAAUGUUUUGCACCACUUUUUAGAACAGAACAUUUCUUUGAUAAAUCUCACCUGUUUUAUUUCUCAACUUCUCAGUAUGCUUUCUGUAUGCUGACUGUCAGAUACAAAGGGCAGAGCUUAUAAAAAAACUGCAAGAAAAAGAAGUGUGAAUUUCUACAUUUAAUUUUUCAAUUUUUACACCUCAGUGUCCAUAUUUGUAGGGUAAAGUAAACAUGAUACUAAAUAUACUGAGAAGGCAUAGUUACCCUUUAACCACUUAGGACAUUAUGAAGUUCCAUGCUGUUGUCUACAGAAUGGACUUUAAAGGACCACUCUAGGCAGCCAGACCACUUCAGCUUAAUGAAGUGGUCUGGGUGCCAGGUCCAGCUAGGGUUAACCCAUUUUUUAAUAAACAUAGCAGUUUCAGAGAAACUGCUAUGUUUAUGAAUGGGUUAAGCCUUUCCCCUAAUCCUCUAGUGGCUGUCUCAUUGACAGCCACUAGAGGCGCUUGCGUGCUUCUCACUGUGAUUUUCACAGUGAGAGCGCUAGCGCCCAUAGGAAAGCAUUGUGAAUGCUUUCCUAGUGACGGCUGAACGCGCCAAGCUUGCCGCUGUGCGCAUUCAGCCGACGGGGAGGAGAAGAGGAGGAUCAGAGGAGGAGAGCUCUCCGCCCAGCGCUGGAAAAAGGUAAGUUUUAACCCCUUUCCCCUUUCCAGAGCCGGACGGGAGGGGGACCCUGAGGGUGGGGGCACCCUCAGGGCACUAUAGUGCCAGGAAAAUGAGUAUGUUUUCCUGGCACUAUAGUGGUCCUUUAAUGAUGUUAGGACAGCAUGGACAGCCCCAAAGUUUUUAGUGUGUGCAGGGAUAAAUUCCUGCUCACACUACAUGACAGCCCGGAAGCAUCACACACGCAGACGGAGGGCAUUCAGCCGCCAGCAGCAACAGUACAGCAAGACCCUCCACUACUCCCAAAAUGGGAAGGAUUGGGACUCCCAGGGUUUCAGAGUUCAUGGCUCGCUGAAGCUGUCCUCCAAACAAACCUGGGGCUGGAGGGUUACCUUACCUCGCUCCCACUGUGCCACUACAUGCAACAACUACCUUCCUUCCAAAGAAUUCCUCCCAAGUGUGGGCAUAGGUUGACUCUGGACUUGUCCUAUUACAUGCCGCUGGUGCUGCAUAGCUAUUUAUGAAUGCCGUUUUCCCCUCCUCAGGCAUUUGCAGCCCAAAUUCGGCAAGCAUUAUUAUCUUUACUUUCUUUCCCUUUCCUUUUUUAUUAAUAUAUUCCUUAUUUAGGGUGAUGUAGAAUCUAUCUAAGUCACACUCCACACAACAUAUGUUAGCACGUUACAACUCACUUGCAAUGUAGGAGACAUUGCAUGGCAGUUAGUAUUCUUAUUCUGUGACUUCUGUUAUAUCAUAUGCCAUGUUAAUGUUUUUUCUAGAAUGCUUACAUCUGCUUUUGUGGCACUGUAAACCUAACUGUAUCUCUUUUGGACAAAUAUAUAUAUGUACAUUAUUUUUGUAAAUGUGUGAAUUCGGUUUUAUUUUUCAAUUCUGUGGUUUCUGUUGAACACUUUCUCUGUGUAUCACACACCAUCUAGGCAAGUGCAGCUGGAAAAUCAUCAUCGGAAAUCGUGCAGGAACUUACAGCUGAUAUCCUGGAGAAGAUCCCGGCAGAUUUUAAUGUAGAAGAAGUCAUGGUAUGAAACAUGCCUUUUAAUCGUUUUUUUGUCUUUCACAUUUUAUAUGAGUAUUAUGGCACAACACCAUUCUCCUUAUCUGCUGUUGAUGAGCAAAAUGUCUUAUGCAGACCCUAGUUCAGUAAUGGUUUUUCUUCGACAUUCCGAGCUGUAUGGUUCAAGCGAAACAUGAUAAAUAGAGAGUGGCAAUGUAGCAAUUCAAAGGGGAGGAGUUAAGGAAAACUUCAGAAAUAUAUUAGGAUGUACAGUAUAUGUAAUGCUGAUGCCUGGAUUUACUAAUAUAAAUCAUAUUUAUUGCAUGUAUUUAGUAAAUGUGUGCAUUGUAUCCACAAAUAGUCAUAAUGUUAAUAUCCUGGUAGCAUUUUUAGAUUCUGCAUUCCCGAAAAUACCUGCACAUUACAUUUGAAUAGUUUUAUAGCUACUAGAAAAGUUAGUGCUAAUAAAAACUAACACUUUAUUAGUAGCCAGAUAAAAUGAUAAUAUCUAAAAAAAAAAAUCCUGCACAGUAGCAAAAGUGUUCCUAAAUAAUGAUAUGAUUAUAAAAUACGACCACAAAAAAACACUUCUAUAACUCAAAGGGGAAUUAAAUUAACCAAUAGCAACAGUACUCACCAGAGUUGAGAGUCCACGUGAAGGCACUCUGCCGAAUCGUAUUAUCGGAUCAGAGAGUAUGCUGGUCCUUGAAACAGCUUGUGUCUGAUAAAGUUUCUCCUAGUAGCUGUUCUCAAAAGAAAAUUGUUCUAUUCUUUUAAAAUUGCAUUUUCUCAUGUGUGCUAAGUUUUGUGAACCUUGAAAGUAUGAAAAUGUAUAUUAUUUAAUCUUUAAUACUUGAUGGACUUCACCCUUUCUACAAAGAAUAAAGUAAUAAAACACUGUCAGGGUUCUUCACUAAAAUGAGAAUUGGAAGUAUAACUGGCUAAGAUAAUUUUUCCAGUUCAACUAUUUAGGCCUUAAAGUUGAAACUCACUUUGAAUUCACACCAAAUUCUCACUUUAGUGAAUAAUUCUGUAAAAUUCUGCAAAGUUAUAUUAUUAACUCAUUUAUUUAUGUAAUGAUAAUUGCAAAUCAAGUAUACCAAUAUAUAUAGUUGUAAAUUAACAGACAUCCAGACAGCUGGAUACAAAACUGUUCAUUAAUAAGACUGGACAAUAUGUCACCCAUUUAGACUUGACAAAAGGAGAUUUCACUUAUAAAAGGGGAAAGUUUUCUUUUCAGUAAGAACAGUACAUUUGUGGAAUUCAAUGCCUAAAAAGUUUGCUUUAUUGCAUUGUCUACAGAUUUUAUUUUAAAUGUUUGGAUGCUUUGUUGGAAAAGCAUGAAUUCAAGAACAGUUAAUAUGCGGGAUAAAGUGGAUCAACAGCAAUACAGGCUGACAGUGAUGUAUUCAAGUCUUUUAUUAAGCCUAAAUUAUCAUGUAACUAUGUAAACAUGAUGAGUAAAAGGGGAACUGUCCCUUCUCCAAUAUUUACGCCAUUAACCCCUAAGGACACAUAACGUGUGACAUGUCAUGAUUCCCUUUUAUUCCAGAAGUUUGGUCCUUAAGGGGUUAAAUAAAACAUUGAAAAUCACUUAUGACUUGUAUUAAAAGAAAAUGUGUGAGAUGCUCUGGUUUUUGUUUUAUUAUUUAUGUUGAAGAUUAGGUAAAUUACAUCAUAAUCCAGUUCAGACAAGGCAAAGCCAGGACAAAGAUUGCAAAUUGCAAACAUAGCAAAUAAAAGAAUUGAAAAUGUUAUAAAAAUGUUAAAUAUCACUAUUUUGUUUUGCUUCAGAUCAGAUAUCCCACUCAAUACACAGAAUCUAUGAACACAGUUCUGGUUCACGAGUUAUUGAGAUUUAACUGUUUGACCUCUACUAUUCGUAAAAGCCUACAAGAAUUAACAAAAGCCAUAUCUGGCCUAUCUGUGAUGUCACCCGAACUGGAUGAUUUGUUCAGCAGCAUGAUUGUUGGUAAAGUAAGUUAUUUGUGAGCUUCAGUACGUGGGGCCUACAAUACGGCUUGGCAUUGAAAUUAAUAUGCAAGUGCUGUCAUAGUACAUUUUGAUUCUCAUUACUCAUCUACCAGUCUUUUCAUCGCAAAGAAUCUUUUUCACUCUUUCGAUUCCCCGUCUUCCAUUCCCCAGAGAUCUGUCAUGCUUGCUGCGUAAUUGGUUUUAAAUAUAUAUUGUUGCCUCUAUCUAUAGCAAAGGGUCUGCCGAUAUAUAAAUUAGGAUUCUUUGUAGUUAAAAAAAAUAAAAGCAAGAAAACACACACUUCAAUUUUCUUAGUACAAUCAGAAGAGAAAUUGCUGGAUGGAUGUGUACAUUGAAUAGAAGGAUCUGUCCUAUUUCAAGAAUGUGUUAACAUAUGUUAUUAAAUCAGGAUAAACUGUUGAAAUCACAUAGGUAUAAAAGCAAAAAAGCAAAGAGACAAAACAACAAAUAGGCAGAGAACAGUUAUUGAGCACAUUCAAUUAUUGCAAGCUCUGUUAUAGUUAAAAUACAAUACACGGCUUUUAUGUGGAUUCUAUAAGGUUAAUAUGUGCAAUAAAGUGAUGUAUUACAUUUUAGAAAGAUGUUUAAACAGCAGUGUGACACAUUUCUUGUAAAUCAGGCUUAUUCAUACAAAGAAACAAAGAGUCCGACCUCUUUGAUAUUUCUACCCACUUAGUCUAAAUUUUUCAAGCUUGUCUUUAGUUUUAAUAAGUCAAUUUACAAUGUAGCUUGCUUAGAAAAUGUAAAAAGGUUGGGCUGUAAUAACCUUAAGCAUGUCUAUGCGAUGCUUUAAUUAAAGGGACACUGUAAAUUUGGGUGACAGUGUAUAUGUGACUGUGUGUGACUUUAUCCAGUUGCGAGUGACCAUGUUUAUGACUAUGUGUGACUGUGUGUUACUGUACAUGUGACUGAGUCCAUGUGGCUGUGUGUCCAUGACUAUUUGUGACUGCAUACGUGUGUGACUGUGUGUCUUUUGUAUGUAUUUGACCGUGUGUGUGAUUAUGUUGUGACAGUGUGUGAUUGGGUGUCUGUGCAUGUAUCUGUGUGUCUACAAACGCGACUGUGUCCAUGUUGGUAUGUGACAGCAUGUAUGUUUGCAUGUAUGUUUGUAUGUAUUCAUGUGACUGUGUAUGUAUGCGUGGGGGGAGGGUAAGAGGGUUAGGAGGUACAAAAGAUAUGGGGUGUUAAGAGACAUGUGAGAGAUACGUGGGAUAAGGGUAUAAGAAAUACACAAGAGGUAACUUGGGUUAAGGUGCACACAAGGUGGAAAGGGGGGAUUGGGAGAAACACACAACGGUCAGGAGACACAUAAAGAGGUAAGGGAGUGCAGAGUGACACAGCAUAGUUUAUUAUUUGCAGGGGGUGCCAACAUACACAUCUGCUCUAUGUGCCAAGUACACUCACUCUGGCUAGUGAGCAGCUAUUAAUUCAACCCUUCUCCUAAUAGUGAUUUGUACUAGAGGAGUUAAGUAUACAAAAUAGCACUGAUUCUGUCUCCUCGGUUUCUCUGUCGGCAUCAUCUACACUCUAUAAAUGUUUGCCAUACAUGCACUUAAAUAUAUGUAAAAAACGUAUUUUUAUUAAUAUUGCAUACUUUUUAUGUCACAAUCAGGUCCCUGCUUUGUGGUCUGCUAAAUCCUAUUCUUCAUUGAAGCCUUUGGGCAGCUAUAUUACAGACCUUGUGCAAAGACUGGAUUUCUUUAAGGUAAGAUUAUUGGUGUGAUUUAAAUUAAAUAAUAUAAAAUAUUGAAGCACCUAAACUCUUUGGUGACAGGGUGUGAGCUGUGUAUGGCUCAAGACAGCUCAUUACCAUCAAUGGGAUGUAAAUUCUAUUUAUGAAAAAAAUCAAACUGUAUAAAGAUAACUUCCUGUGUUGCACUAAUAUUUUGUAUAAAUGAAACACCACGUAGUUGAUUCACUAAAAGCUCCACUCAAGGCAGCAGUUCAAUUCCUUGUUGAUAUGUUUAGUUAGUUUAACAAAACAUUAAACGUGUGCAAUUAGUUUCGUUCCGAAUGUAAAUUUGUACGAAUUUCAUGCCAUUCGGACAAUCGGAUGCUUACGAAUGUCCAAAGUCCCGAAGUUCCGAAGUGACGAAGUUCGGUAGUUCAGAGGUGACAAUGCUCCAAAGUGAUUUGGAUUUCUGAAAAGUGGCAAAACAAGAGAGAGGGAGGGAAAAUUCCAUGAAUUUUCCUAUUGAUUGAAUAUUUAUAUGUGACUUAAUUCUGUAUUUCUUCUCUAAUAGUUGAUUUACAGCAAUUUUGCUAUAUUUUUCUCCCUAACAUUUAGAUGGUAUUUUGUCAAGUAAGUGCUAAUUUUAUGCAUUUUUAAGAUUUUGUUUGUUUAAAGUACAUACAGUGAAAUGUAAUACUUAUAUUUAUCAUCUAAAGGGUAUCACAGAAUAGAAUGUAUUCAUAUAAUAAUAUUUCCAUUCUAAAAAAUACUUAGAAGUUAUUGCUCAAGAGUGAAUUCUCUUUCUUUGUGAAUUAGGAAUGGAUUCAAAAGGGAACACCAAAGGUCUUUUGGAUUUCAGGAUUUUUCUUUACCCACUCACUUCUAACUGGAGCACUGCAAAAUUAUGCUAGGAAAUACAAGACUCCAAUUGACUUGCUGGGGCUUCAGUUUAAUGUGACACAGUAUGAGAAUACUCAUGAAAUUGACAGCUCUCCUGUAAGUUCAUUUAUUUAUUUAUUUUCAUUCUUGUUUGUUAUCAUUGCAAGAUAUUUUUGUUCUAUUAUUAAGGGAACACUCAAAGCGCCUAUUCAAUGCUAUAGUGGCCAUGGUGUCAGGAGUGCCUUGGUAACUCUUCCAUUAUAUGUAGUCAAACCAUUGUAGAACUGUUUGACUUCUUACCUCGGGUCCAUCUUCUCUGCUUCCUAAACAGGAGUUUCCGUUUGCUCUCCUGAGCUACCUCAUUGGUUGAGAUUGUCAGCUUAUGGCCAAUAAGCUAUGCCCUGCACCACUGGGCUUAGCUCAGAUAGAGAGCUUCAGACUCCCCAUAGGAAGUAGUAGAGGUGUAGAGCGGUAGCUCCAGUCAUUGAAGUCAAACUGUUCUAAAAUGGAUUGACGCCUUGGUGAGGUGCUAGAGCACACCUGGUACUAUUACCACUACAACUUGCUUUUUUAUUUGCUUGCCUCUUUCUCUAAUAAGCAAAUCCUUGGACUCCAUUCAUCCUAAUGGAACAACCUAUUCCACCAUGAAGUGUCUGAUCUCUUGUCCUGCCAACCAGCUUGUUUACAUUGGAGAAAUGUUUACAUAAACCCCUGGAUAGCAAGAAAGCAUAAUGAAAUGCAAAAUAGAGGUGCUUUACUUUCAUGUAGAAAAAUUAAUAAGAACCAUUGGCACCCAGUAAUGGUUGCAGCUUCAUUUUAUAUUUACGAUCAAUAAAAAACCAUGAGGGCAUGUGAUCCUUAUUAAUUUUAAUGAUACAGUAACUUAUUGAAUUACACCCUAGGUGUCUCACCACUUGCUCUUGGGUGGAAGAUAAGUGAGGUGGAGUUAAGCUGUUUGUUUUUUUGUUUUUUUAUUCUAAUGUAUUUAAAGGGACACUAUAGUCACCUAAACAAUUACAUCCAAAUGAAGCAGUUUUGGUGUAUAGAUUAUGCCUCUGCAGUCUCACUGCUCAGUUUUCUGAAAUGUAUUAGUUAAAUCACUUUGUUUAUACAGCCUUAUCGUGCCUCUCUGCAAGUAAUGUGAACUGCCUUCCUAAACACUUCCUGUAAAGAGUCAUCUAAUGUUUGCACUUCCUUUAUUGCAAAUUAUGUUUAAUGUAGAAUGACUUGUCUCCUGCUCUGUUAAUAGGUUGCUAAACCGUGCAGGAGCCUCCUGUAUGUAAUAAAAGUUUAAUUUACAGAGAACUAAAACUUUUAAAGUAAGUUACAUCUGACUGAAAAUGCAACCAUUUUGUUUUUCAUGCCGGCAGUGUCAGUCACAGCCAGAGGAAGUAUGGCUAGGGCUGCAUGGACAAAAACAAAAAGUAAUUUAACUCUUAAAUUGAAGAGAAGUGAGCAGUGAGACUGCAGGGGCAUGAUCUAUAUAUUAAAAGUGCAUCAUUAAAGGAACACUACAGGGGUCAGGAACACAAACGUGUGUUCCUGAUCCAAUCGUAUGAAAAAAACUAAAUUUAGGUUGCUUACUCACCCCUCAGCCUCCUUAAAAGGUAAGAAAAAUUACCUUAUUUCCAACAUCGCGCGGGUCCGCCAUGGGUGACCCCACCCCAGAUCUGCCUCCUUGCUGACGGCAACAGAAUUUAGGAUUUCAGCGGAAAUUGGCAAGGAGGCAAGAUAGAGGCGGGUCAAACGCUGGUUCAGCCAAUCAGCACCUCUUUAUAGAGAUGUAUUGAAUCAAUGCAUCUCUAUGAGUAAAGUUCAGCAUCUCCAUGCAGAGCGUGAAGACGCACACUGUGCAGCACUGCCCCAGGAAGCACCUCCAGAGGCCAUCUGAAAAGGCAGUGUUUGCCUGAAAAUACCUGCAGGGACUGGUUGUACUCACCAGAACAACUACAUUAAUCAGUGAUUGUUCUAGUGACUAUAGUGUCCCUAUAAGCUAUUUAGGUGACUAUAGUAUACCUUUAAUAACAAAAUAUCAAUUAACUCUAUUAUAAGGUCUAUUUAGCUUUUUGUUGGUUUGCAAGUGUAAGGCUUCACCCAAAAGUUUAAGCUCUAGUAAUAAGGUCUGAGUUAAUAAAUUUGUCAGACUAACCGUAGAGUAUAUUAAUCCAAACAAGUUAGGAAAGGCAGUUACAGCAUUAUAAUAAAGUGUGAAAAAGAAGAAAAAAGGCUGCGCACACAGAUAAAAUUGGAAAAAAUAAAAAAGUUAUUUUUAAAUAAAAUAAAGUCCAAUUAGAAAGAAGGAAAAGUCCAAUGUUAUUGUCCUUACAGAUAGUCUUUGCUGUUGACGUCUUCUACUUUGUAGUGAGUCCACUUAUAUGAAAGAUAAAAAGAGAGAGGGGGACAACCAAUAGUGUAGUAUGUAGAGUUCUAAUAUGGAUGUGUAGAAAUAAUAAUAUAAAACUCACAUUUAUCAGAGCUAAUGUCCUAGCUCUGGAAUAAAGCGCAUACGGCGGUUUGAUCCCCGCUUAUGGGAUAUAGAUGGGUUCCUCUCUGUGAUACGUGUCCAGUUUCUCGAAAUAAAAGAGACAGCCAAUAGUGCUCACUGUAUAGCAAUAUUGAUAAAAUAAUAAAAGAAUGUACUUACAAAACCAGAGCAGACCAACUGCUCCGUGAUGACAGCUUGGGUGGAUUGAUCCCCACCUUGGAUUUCUUUAAAUGCAGGAAACUUCCAGGGGUUUUCAGGUUUUUUUUUAAAACCAAUAAAAAUAAUAAUUAAAAAGCCAGGGUAAAAAGAGUAUUAUGUGUCUAUAAAAAAAGAUUAUUGGCACAAACAAAUGACCAAAAAAUACUUUAAUAUAUUUACAAACACAAUAAUUAAAUAUCCAUAACGCGUUUCGUCUAAGACUUUAUCAAAUGGAAUAACAGAUGAUACCUGGCUUGUAGGUGUUAUAUAGGAACAUAACUCAUUUGAAUUUGGCGCCAAAAAUUGGUCCGUCCAAUCAGAAACAGAAUCACAUUUAAAACUUAAAAUAUGUUCAAAACUUAGUCAGUAUAUAAUUUAUAGUAAUAUAACUUGUUUCUAAUGGUUAGAAAUCAAAAACGAGGGUUGGAAAGUAUAAUUUAGAACAUUUUAAAACAAUCACGUGACAUACGGCACUUCCGCAUUUCGGAAGUUUUCGCCGCAAUGCCUUAUGGGAAAUGUAGUUAAAAGUUAGCCGCGACCGGCGGCCGCAUACAGAAGUAAAAAAAACGAUAAUCAUACAUAACCUAAGAAGAUUUAGUGCCUUGGAGGCAUUUUCAUUGUAGAGCAUAGAUUUUAAGUUAUAAAUAAAACAGGUAGGCAGGGGGGCACAUAACUAAUACAUUACUUCCUCAAAAUGGAGGUUUUUGCCCAAGUGCAACCUGGGAAAUGUAGUUAUCUUUAAAAAUAAAUAAAUAAAAAUGAAGUAUGGAAGUUUCACCAUUGCAAAUUAAAAUAAAGGUAUACAGAAUAAGAACUUAAUUUGUAAAAUACUGGCAACAUUAAUACAAUAAAAAUAGAUGUAUAAAAAGGGAUUGUAUACAUAAAAAGAAUAUAUAAGCCAUUCAUAUUAUAGACAGCAAUAAAUAAUACAAAUAUUAUUUAACAUAAAAGUCAUAAAAAAUUGUGUAGAUCAAAGUCAGCAUUAAGACCAUGGGGUAUAAGAGUCUGAAGUUUAUACACCCAUUCCAUCUCGGUUUUUCCAAGCAGUUUUUUUAUGUCACCUCCACGCCAAGAGGUAAAGCAUUUUUUUAUACCAAUGCAUUUUAAUAGGCGUGGGUCCUUAUUGUGCAUAAUAAAAUGUUUGGAUACUGUAUGAUUUAAGUAUCCAUUUUUAAUAUUUCUGCAAUGUUCGCUUAGCCUUAUCUUUAAGCACCUUGUGGUCAUCCCCACAUAUUGGAGGCCACAUGGGCACUCAAGCAGAUAAAUAACAUUUUUCGUGUUGCAGCAUAUAAAAUCAUAAAUAUUGUACACUUGUUUUGUCUGAUUGGACAUAAAACUUGAGACUUUUGAUGAAAUAGAAUGAUCAGUGGUUUUGCAUACAAUACAUUGUUUACAUCUAUAAAAACCCUUUGUCUGGGGAAAAAAAGACAGAUUUUUGGGAGGAGAUUUUUUAGUAAAAUUAGUAGUUAAAAUAGAUUUAAAAUUGGGUGCUCCUCUAAAAACAAUAUUUGGAUGAACAGGUAUAAUAGAGCUAAGUAUCUCAUCAUGUUUGAGUAUAUGCCAGUGUUUUCUUAUUAUUCGUUUAACAUCUUUACUUUUAUUAUUAAAAUUAAAAAUAACUGGGAGUACUAUUGGUUCAUUGUUUUCUUUGUUUUUGUAUGUUAAAAGUUCUUUUCGUUCUUUUUGUUUGACAGUAUUUAUAGUAGUGUUCAAUUCUGAUUCUGAAUAUUUUUUUUCCAUGAAUUUAUUUUUUAAAAAAUCCGCUUGUUCAUUAAAAUCUGUAAGUUCUGAGCAAUUUCUCCGGAGGCGUAAAAACUGGCUUUUUGGAGCACUUUCAAGCCAGGGCUUAUAAUGGCAACUGGAUCUGUCUAUAGCCGUAUUUACACAUACUUUUUUAAAAAAUGUUUUUGUUUGGACUUGUCCAUUGUUGAUAAAAAUAUUAAGAUCUAAAAAAUUUAUGGAUUCUUUACUAAAUUCGUGUGUAAGAAUAAUGCCCCUAUUAUUGGUAUUUAAAUGAUUAAUAAAAUCAAUAAGAUGGUUCUCAAGUCCAUCCCAAAUAAAAAAGAGGUCAUCUAUGUAUCGAAAAUAAGAGACUAGGUUUGCCCGCCAUUGGUGAUUACCCCAGAUGGCUUCAGAUUCCCAGUUAGCCAUAAACAAAUUUGCAUAACUGGGGGCAAACCUAGUCCCCAUAGCAGUACCCCUUUUUUGCAAGUAAAAUGAAUCUAAAAACCAGAAAUAAUUGUUUUUUAAAAUAAUAUUUAUACCUUCUAUUAUAAAAUCUAUUUGGAUAUCGGGAAUCCUAGCUUCAUGAAUUAAAAUUUCUUUUAUAGCUUGACAGCCAAUGUCAUGAGGAAUAAUAGUAUAAAGAGACUGUACGUCGCAUGUGACUAGUAUAAAACUAUUUUUCCAAGUAAAAUCAUUUAAAAAUUUUAAAAGUGACAUAGAGUCUUUUAGAUAGGAUUUCAUGAGUUUGACCGAAGGCUGAAGAAGGGUAUCAAUAUAUUGGGAAAGGUUACAUAAGAGAGAACCUAUCCCAGAAACAAUAGGUCUACCUGGGGGGUGUUGCUCAUUUUUAUGAAUUUUGGGGAGAAAGUAGAUGACAGGAGUAAUCGGGAAUUUUUUGUUUAAAAAAUUAAAUUCAUGUUUGUUUAAAAUAUUUAGAUUAAGACCUUUGUUUAAAAAAUUAAGUAAAAUAGUUUGUAUAUUUUUAGUAGGGUCAGAUACAAGUUGUUCGUAUAUUUUAAUAUCUUUCAAUUGUCUGUGAGCUUCAUCAAUGUACAUUUUGCUAGACUGGAUGACUACUCCACCUCCUUUGUCGGCUGAUUUAAUAACAAUGUUUUUAUCAUUUUGGAGUUCUUUGAUUGCCUGUCUUUCGGCAUUUGUGAGAUUAUUAGUAUCAUAUUUCUUAUAUUUAAUUUUUUCUAAAUCUUUGUGAACAAGUUUCUCAAAUAAAAUCAAAGGGGCUGAUUUAAAAUGAGAUGGGUAAAACUUAGAUUUUUCUCUAAGGUGUGUAUUUAAAAAUUGACUUUUAUCUGUGUUUUGUAAAGGGGGUGAAGUGGUUAAAAUUGGUUCUUUGUCAUCUUUACUUAUAAAAAAUCUUUUAAGUGUAGCCUUUCUAACAAAUUUGUUUACAUCAAGAAAGGCUUGAAAUGAAUUAAAAGAUGAGGUAGGGGCAAAUUUAAGACCUUUACUUAAAACAGACAGUUGUGCAGCUGUUAAAACUUUUUGAGAGAGAUUAAAAAUGCCAUUGCACGAGUUGGUAGAGGGUAUUAUUGUCUUUCUAGUCUUUCUCUUUUGUUGCCGUCUUCCACUUCGUCUUCCUCUAAACUUAAAAUUCUUUUUUGGGAGCGUGAUGGGUGUGGUGUCUGGGCUAAUGCUGGUUGGUGAGUACGUAUCUCUAAAAAAUGAUCCUCGUUGUCAAAGUCUGAAUCGACUGAUAGUAAUUGAUACCUAUUAGUGUGAUUUGGAAUAGUAGGUGAUUUAGAGUAAUUGGAAUAUGUAUUAUGAUCAUUGGUAUACCUGGGUCUUUGUGGUUUUGGUGAAAAGUUGAAACCAGAAGAAUUUUGAUAUUUAGGUGAUCGGGGUGCAGGAUUAUAAUUUCGAUGAGGAAAUUUUCUUUGUUUGUGUGAGGGUAGUUGGUAUGCAUUGGUGUUACCUUGAAAUGGAAAUUUGGAAGAAACGUGAGAUUGAUGGGGAAAAGUUUUUAAUGUGAGUGGGGAUUGGUGAUAGGAUCUCCGUGUAGUGUUGUUCUGAUAAUUUUGGGGUGGGUGUUGUGACAUAUUGUUGUAAGAAUAAGCAUUUUUAUACGCAUAGUUUUGGUGAUUAGGUCUAGAGGAGUAAUUUUCUGAAGUAUACUUUUUUUUGUAAUGGUAAGUUCUUACUUGUUUGUUAGAGUAGUCGGUUUUAUCUCGAAUGUAUUUUUUGAUUUUUAGGUGUUUUGUGUCAACUUCAACCUUUUCAAUUUUAUUUUGAAUAAGUAUGGAGUUUUGUUUAUAAGCCUUAGUUUCGGUGAAUGGUAAAAGUUGUUCUCUAAGUUCGUUUAUCUCGAUGUCUAGAACAGACAAUUUUUUACUUUUCUUGACUAUUAGUGUUUCCAUUAAACCAAAAGUGCAUAGCUCUAAUUUAUUGUUCCACUCCUCCAUAAACUCAAGAUCAUCUUGAUCAGAAGUGGGUAAUUUUAGAAGCCUUAAACCACGGGGGGUAAUUUGCUCAUCUAUAUAUUUUUUAAAAGUGGCAAUUUCCCAUUUAAGCUUUAUUUCUGUGGAUAGGGCUUUCUCUAAUUUCAUAAAGAGAUCUUGUUGGUUGGAGUAUUGAGGAAUUGUUUGUAUAGUAUUAAUUAUCUCUGUAUUAAAUACAUUAUUUACAUCAAUAGUAUAUUUGUUUCUGAAUUCAAAGAUAGACAUUGUAAAAAGUUAAAAAGCAGCUAUCCCAAAAGGGAAAUUGGAGAAAUGGUAACAAGGAAAAAGAGAAAGACAGCGCUAGAUAACUUAUAGGCAGCAACCUUUUAAAGGGGAUCCCUCAAACCCUUUAAUUUGGAUAAAAUAAGAAAAAGAAGAAAAAAGGCUGCGCACACAGAUAAAAUUGGAAAAAAUAAAAAAGUUAUUUUUAAAUAAAAUAAAGUCCAAUUAGAAAGAAGGAAAAGUCCAAUGUUAUUGUCCUUACAGAUAGUCUUUGCUGUUGACGUCUUCUACUUUGUAGUGAGUCCACUUAUAUGAAAGAUAAAAAGAGAGAGGGGGACAACCAAUAGUGUAGUAUGUAGAGUUCUAAUAUGGAUGUGUAGAAAUAAUAAUAUAAAACUCACAUUUAUCAGAGCUAAUGUCCUAGCUCUGGAAUAAAGCGCAUACGGCGGUUUGAUCCCCGCUUAUGGGAUAUAGAUGGGUUCCUCUCUGUGAUACGUGUCCAGUUUCUCGAAAUAAAAGAGACAGCCAAUAGUGCUCACUGUAUAGCAAUAUUGAUAAAAUAAUAAAAGAAUGUACUUACAAAACCAGAGCAGACCAACUGCUCCGUGAUGACAGCUUGGGUGGAUUGAUCCCCACCUUGGAUUUCUUUAAAUGCAGGAAACUUCCAGGGGUUUUCAGUUUUUUUUAAAAACCAAUAAAAAUAAUAAUUAAAAAAUUAUCAGAACAACACUACACGGAGAUCCUAUCACCAAUCCCCACUCACAUUAAAAACUUUUCCCCAUCAAUCUCACGUUUCUUCCAAAUUUCCAUUUCAAGGUAACACCAAUGCAUACCAACUACCCUCACACAAACAAAGAAAAUUUCCUCAUCGAAAUUAUAAUCCUGCACCCCGAUCACCUAAAUAUCAAAAUUCUUCUGGUUUCAACUUUUCACCAAAACCACAAAGACCCAGGUAUACCAAUGAUCAUAAUACAUAUUCCAAUUACUCUAAAUCACCUACUAUUCCAAAUCACACUAAUAGGUAUCAAUUACUAUCAGUCGAUUCAGACUUUGACAACGAGGAUCAUUUUUUAGAGAUACGUACUCACCAACCAGCAUUAGCCCAGACACCACACCCAUCACGCUCCCAAAAAAGAAUUUUAAGUUUAGAGGAAGACGAAGUGGAAGACGGCAACAAAAGAGAAAGACUAGAAAGACAAUAAUACCCUCUACCAACUCGUGCAAUGGCAUUUUUAAUCUCUCUCAAAAAGUUUUAACAGCUGCACAACUGUCUGUUUUAAGUAAAGGUCUUAAAUUUGCCCCUACCUCAUCUUUUAAUUCAUUUCAAGCCUUUCUUGAUGUAAACAAAUUUGUUAGAAAGGCUACACUUAAAAGAUUUUUUAUAAGUAAAGAUGACAAAGAACCAAUUUUAACCACUUCACCCCCUUUACAAAACACAGAUAAAAGUCAAUUUUUAAAUACACACCUUAGAGAAAAAUCUAAGUUUUACCCAUCUCAUUUUAAAUCAGCCCCUUUGAUUUUAUUUGAGAAACUUGUUCACAAAGAUUUAGAAAAAAUUAAAUAUAAGAAAUAUGAUACUAAUAAUCUCACAAAUGCCGAAAGACAGGCAAUCAAAGAACUCCAAAAUGAUAAAAACAUUGUUAUUAAAUCAGCCGACAAAGGAGGUGGAGUAGUCAUCCAGUCUAGCAAAAUGUACAUUGAUGAAGCUCACAGACAAUUGAAAGAUAUUAAAAUAUACGAACAACUUGUAUCUGACCCUACUAAAAAUAUACAAACUAUUUUACUUAAUUUUUUAAACAAAGGUCUUAAUCUAAAUAUUUUAAACAAACAUGAAUUUAAUUUUUUAAACAAAAAAUUCCCGAUUACUCCUGUCAUCUACUUUCUCCCCAAAAUUCAUAAAAAUGAGCAACACCCCCCAGGUAGACCUAUUGUUUCUGGGAUAGGUUCUCUCUUAUGUAACCUUUCCCAAUAUAUUGAUACCCUUCUUCAGCCUUCGGUCAAACUCAUGAAAUCCUAUCUAAAAGACUCUAUGUCACUUUUAAAAUUUUUAAAUGAUUUUACUUGGAAAAAUAGUUUUAUACUAGUCACAUGCGACGUACAGUCUCUUUAUACUAUUAUUCCUCAUGACAUUGGCUGUCAAGCUAUAAAAGAAAUUUUAAUUCAUGAAGCUAGGAUUCCCGAUAUCCAAAUAGAUUUUAUAAUAGAAGGUAUAAAUAUUAUUUUAAAAAACAAUUAUUUCUGGUUUUUAGAUUCAUUUUACUUGCAAAAAAGGGGUACUGCUAUGGGGACUAGGUUUGCCCCCAGUUAUGCAAAUUUGUUUAUGGCUAACUGGGAAUCUGAAGCCAUCUGGGGUAAUCACCAAUGGCGGGCAAACCUAGUCUCUUAUUUUCGAUACAUAGAUGACCUCUUUUUUAUUUGGGAUGGACUUGAGAACCAUCUUAUUGAUUUUAUUAAUCAUUUAAAUACCAAUAAUAGGGGCAUUAUUCUUACACACGAAUUUAGUAAAGAAUCCAUAAAUUUUUUAGAUCUUAAUAUUUUUAUCAACAAUGGACAAGUCCAAACAAAAACAUUUUUUAAAAAAGUAUGUGUAAAUACGGCUAUAGACAGAUCCAGUUGCCAUUAUAAGCCCUGGCUUGAAAGUGCUCCAAAAAGCCAGUUUUUACGCCUCCGGAGAAAUUGCUCAGAACUUACAGAUUUUAAUGAACAAGCGGAUUUUUUAAAAAAUAAAUUCAUGGAAAAAAAAUAUUCAGAAUCAGAAUUGAACACUACUAUAAAUACUGUCAAACAAAAGGAACGAAAAGAACUUUUAACAUACAAAAACAAAGAAAACAAUGAACCAAUAGUACUCCCAGUUAUUUUUAAUUUUAAUAAUAAAAGUAAAGAUGUUAAACGAAUAAUAAGAAAACACUGGCAUAUACUCAAACAUGAUGAGAUACUUAGCUCUAUUAUACCUGUUCAUCCAAAUAUUGUUUUUAGAGGAGCACCCAAUUUUAAAUCUAUUUUAACUACUAAUUUUACUAAAAAAUCUCCUCCCAAAAAUCUGUCUUUUUUUCCCCAGACAAAGGGUUUUUAUAGAUGUAAACAAUGUAUUGUAUGCAAAACCACUGAUCAUUCUAUUUCAUCAAAAGUCUCAAGUUUUAUGUCCAAUCAGACAAAACAAGUGUACAAUAUUUAUGAUUUUAUAUGCUGCAACACGAAAAAUGUUAUUUAUCUGCUUGAGUGCCCAUGUGGCCUCCAAUAUGUGGGGAUGACCACAAGGUGCUUAAAGAUAAGGCUAAGCGAACAUUGCAGAAAUAUUAAAAAUGGAUACUUAAAUCAUACAGUAUCCAAACAUUUUAUUAUGCACAAUAAGGACCCACGCCUAUUAAAAUGCAUUGGUAUAAAAAAAUGCUUUACCUCUUGGCGUGGAGGUGACAUAAAAAAACUGCUUGGAAAAACCGAGAUGGAAUGGGUGUAUAAACUUCAGACUCUUAUACCCCAUGGUCUUAAUGCUGACUUUGAUCUACACAAUUUUUUAUGACUUUUAUGUUAAAUAAUAUUUGUAUUAUUUAUUGCUGUCUAUAAUAUGAAUGGCUUAUAUAUUCUUUUUAUGUAUACAAUCCCUUUUUAUACAUCUAUUUUUAUUGUAUUAAUGUUGCCAGUAUUUUACAAAUUAAGUUCUUAUUCUGUAUACCUUUAUUUUAAUUUGCAAUGGUGAAACUUCCAUACUUCAUUUAUUUAUUUAUUUUUAAAGAUAACUACAUUUCCCAGGUUGCACUUGGGCAAAAACCUCCAUUUUGAGGAAGUAAUGUAUUAGUUAUGUGCCCCCCUGCCUACCUGUUUUAUUUAUAACUUAAAAUCUAUGCUCUACAAUGAAAAUGCCUCCAAGGCACUAAAUCUUCUUAGGUUAUGUAUGAUUAUCGUUUUUUUUACUUCUGUAUGCGGCCGCCGGUCGCGGCUAACUUUUAACUACAUUUCCCAUAAGGCAUUGCGGCGAAAACUUCCGAAAUGCGGAAGUGCCGUAUGUCACGUGAUUGUUUUAAAAUGUUCUAAAUUAUACUUUCCAACCCUCGUUUUUGAUUUCUAACCAUUAGAAACAAGUUAUAUUACUAUAAAUUAUAUACUGACUAAGUUUUGAACAUAUUUUAAGUUUUAAAUGUGAUUCUGUUUCUGAUUGGACGGACCAAUUUUUGGCGCCAAAUUCAAAUGAGUUAUGUUCCUAUAUAACACCUACAAGCCAGGUAUCAUCUGUUAUUCCAUUUGAUAAAGUCUUAGACGAAACGCGUUAUGGAUAUUUAAUUAUUGUGUUUGUAAAUAUAUUAAAGUAUUUUUUGGUCAUUUGUUUGUGCCAAUAAUCUUUUUUUAUAGACACAUAAUACUCUUUUUACCCUGGCUUUUUAAUUAUUAUUUUUAUUGGUUUUAAAAAAAAACCUGAAAACCCCUGGAAGUUUCCUGCAUUUAAAGAAAUCCAAGGUGGGGAUCAAUCCACCCAAGCUGUCAUCACGGAGCAGUUGGUCUGCUCUGGUUUUGUAAGUACAUUCUUUUAUUAUUUUAUCAAUAUUGCUAUACAGUGAGCACUAUUGGCUGUCUCUUUUAUUUCGAGAAACUGGACACGUAUCACAGAGAGGAACCCAUCUAUAUCCCAUAAGCGGGGAUCAAACCGCCGUAUGCGCUUUAUUCCAGAGCUAGGACAUUAGCUCUGAUAAAUGUGAGUUUUAUAUUAUUAUUUCUACACAUCCAUAUUAGAACUCUACAUACUACACUAUUGGUUGUCCCCCUCUCUCUUUUUAUCUUUCAUAUAAGUGGACUCACUACAAAGUAGAAGACGUCAACAGCAAAGACUAUCUGUAAGGACAAUAACAUUGGACUUUUCCUUCUUUCUAAUUGGACUUUAUUUUAUUUAAAAAUAACUUUUUUAUUUUUUCCAAUUUUAUCUGUGUGCGCAGCCUUUUUUCUUCUUUUUCUUAUUUUAUCCAAAUUAAAGGGUUUGAGGGAUCCCCUUUAAAAGGUUGCUGCCUAUAAGUUAUCUAGCGCUGUCUUUCUCUUUUUCCUUAUUAUAAUAAAGUGUGUUUGCUUUGCUAACAUAUAUGUUAUGUCUUUAUAGCUUGAUGGUAUUUACAUCAAUGGUCUUUACAUAGAAGGGGCAAGGUGGGAUCGAGAGAACCAUGUGAUUUCCGAAUCUUUCCCAAAAGUACUGUAUGAGAGUAUGCCAAUUGUAUCCUUUUACACAAUACCUGUAUACAUUUCUUCUAAUGUUUUAUAUUGGUUUAACAUGCUAACAUUCCAAUUUAUUUCUUUGUGAAUAUCUAUUUAUAUUAAUUAUUUCAGCAUUUUAAAGGAACUCUCUGAGCAUUAUAACCUUGUGUAGAGCUUACAAAAUUGACAUACACCUACUGAUGAUGGUUGGCCAGUGAUAGGAGAACAUCAGCUGACACUAGCAGAGCAGCAGAGAAGAGGCAGUUGAUGAGUGCCUGGGUUCACUACUUCUGUGUUAAACCAUUUGAAAUUAAGAUAAAGUGGUUAUGGUGUCCAGAGAGUUCCUUUAAAUGAGUUGAACCUAUUGGGGGGCAGUUGUAUUCCUUGCCAUCAUCCCAUUGUGCAUCUUGAUGGCCUUAUUCCAACAUUGAAUGUACUCCUUAUUAUCAGGGGAACAUCCACGUCAUUACAUUUUGAAAAAUGGUCAACAACAUUCCAUGUUACAAAAGGGUCUUUAAAGUAUGAAUUGUUAUAGGUCCUUUCAGACAUAAGCCAUAGGUGACAACAUGACAAUUCAUGUAUUAUGUCUAGUUGCCACAAAGAAAAUUGCUUUAUAUUUACAUGGAAGCAUUUAUUAUAAAGUCACUAGUUUCCAAAAACAUACGUUAUGGCUACCAAGCAAUGUGAAGGAAAUAAUACAUUUUUAUUUAAAUGCUAACCAAUAUCACCUUCAUAAAUCUGAUGACUUUUUGUUUGAAAAAAGACCAUUAAAGCCAUAUGUAUUCCCACGGAAUCUUUGCAUUUAAAAAAAAAUCAUACCAUUCAAAGUAAAACAUCAAUUACGUUUAAACAAUCUGUUGGUUUUAAUACUGUUUCGCUUAAUUUCAUUUGUAUUAUUGCAAUGUUAUUGUCAUUUUACCAAUAUUGAUAGUUUAGUAAAAGGAAAAAUCAUACAGUAUCAAUGUAAUUAUAUGUUUACAUGAUAUUUAAAUACAUUUUAGGAUAUUUUAAUGUGCUGAUUGUAUUCCUUCACACACUUAAUAAGAUUUGGUUAAUCCCGGGUGAAAAAAGGACUGAAAUUAAUUCGUUCUAUGCUUGUCCAGGUAAGAACCUCUGACUUUUACAAAUUAUUUAUAAGAAAAAAUUUGCUGUAGAUAUAAUGCUUUAUUAAAAAAAUAUAUAUAUAUAUAUAUAUAUAACACAUUUUUUAAUUAUAUAAAUAGAGUGAGUUCAAAUAUAUGACAGAUCUCAUGACCCCUCCCACUACGCCUUGCGAUACCUCAUGUCGGUUGCCUUGCUUUACAUGUUUGUCAUAUGGGAAUUAGGGAUAAACUGUCAGGAUAGAAACUUGUUUUCUGAUAUGUAUAGCCAUAUCAUUAUGUUUGAUGCAUACAGCUUGUUUUUUAUGAUUAGUGUAUUUGCUCCCUUCAAAGGACUAAUAAACCUUGAUUUACAAAAAUAUAUAAUUGGCUUCCCACCUCUGACAAGGAAAAAAGGAAAUGUAAGAUGAAACCUUUAAUGACUAAUUAAAAUUAAAGUACACACUUUGAAGAAAACGUGGGUCUCAUCUUUAUGCAAAUAUAUUACCAACUUACCUUUAUUCAUUGUUUAGAAAAUAAGCCAUUGUGUUUUUUUCACUUGAAUGUUGCAACAGAACACAAUAAAAUAUAUACAAAGAAAUAGUAUAUAAAGUAGGAGCAUGCAAUAGCAAAUAUUAAUUAAAUGUUGGGGAUGUACUUGUUAAGCUGUUUUUUUACCUUGCUAAGCUGUUUUCUUAUAAUAAUAUAUCUUUUUUUUUUUUUUUUUAUUGUCAGUUUACAAGACAAGUGCUCGACGUGGUGAACUUUCCACGACUGGGCACUCGACAAACUAUGUGUUAACAAUACACUUAGCAACAGAAGAACUUCCAAACCAUUGGGUGAACAGAGGAGUUGCUUGUCUCUGCCAAUUGGAUUAUUAG